UCCAGGCCCCGCGGCGAUGGCCGACGCUGCGCGUUACAGCGCUCUUUGCAGGGCAGGGUUGAGGCUAGAGUACCUGUAUGCAAACUCGUAAGUGGAGCGACCUUUGCUUUUCCAGUUUCGUUUUAUGCAGGCCAAAUGCAUUAGCUGUUGGCUUCACCAAGGCAUGGGCAGGAGGGGGGCGGGCAGCUGCAAAGGAAUUUUGCAUUUCCUAUAGCGGGACAAGCUUCUAAAAAAUAGGUCCAAAUUUGGAGGGGUUUGCUUUUUUGAAAACCAAAAAGGAAGAGUGAAAAAACUCUCUAAAAGGGUAGAGGAGAUCAUUUGGAAAGGCCUCCGCCUUUCCCAGGUGGGAUGCGUGUUCCAAAUGGCAGGAAUGACAUGUAUUUUUUGGCAUUAAAACUUGUUCCAUUGUGAAAUGAGGGCUGGGUCAAGGAAAAGUAAAAGGAAAGCACACUUAAAAAUAAUAAUGAGGCAACGCCAACUUGAUGCUCCAAAAAUGAAAAGCAUAGGUGGCGUACUGUGCCCUGGAGACUUUGGCUAAAUUCAGUCUUUGUUUUAUAAAUGCUCUGUGCAAAGCAUUUUGAGCACUUAGAAGAACAGGGAAGAGAGUUGUCUUCUUCAUGAGCAAGAAUCACCUUACUAUCUUACCCCUCUGUUUUAUUACAGCCAGUGCUUUUUUUCUGGGGGGGACGCAUACCCCUAAACAUUUUGUGAAUCUAAGUUUGGCCUCAUUGAGGGGCAGCAUUUCAAUAUGAGUAGGAAAAUGAGAGUACCCCUACACAUUUUUUUUAAAGAAAAAAAACAACAACCAGUGAUUACUGUACAUCUAAAUGUUCUGGAAACAGCAUAUCAAGUCAGAGCACUAGUCUACCUAGCUCAGCAUUUAACACAUUGCCCGGCAGCACCUGUGUAGGAUUUGGUGGCAUCUCUCCCAACUCUACCUGCAGACACAUGGGAUUGAACCGGCAGACCUUAUGCAUGCAAGGCAAAUGCUCUACCACUGAGCUACCCUCCUUCCCCUGAGAAGGGGACAAGUCUUGUGCAUCCCAGCCAAGUUUUUAAAAGACAUUUGAGCCACUAAGGGGGCUCUCUGGAGCUCUGUGUGUGUGUCUGCUUGGAGCUACCUUGCCACCAGGCUCGCUGUGUUUCAAGAGGACCAUGUGAGAGCUCUUAGGAAGAGGGGAAGGUGCAACUGGGUGAAGCAUGCAGCCAAAUCCUAGGCCAGAGGUUGGGCAACCUGUGGCCACCCAGAUGUUAGGCCGAAGCUCCCAUGAGCCUCAGCCAGCCCACCCAGUUGUCAGGAGUUAUGAGCGUUGUCGUCUCACAACUUCCAGAGCGCAGUCCCUUUCCCUAGGCUUUUACUGAGAAGAAAAGCCAUCCUGAGCCCCACUUUUGCUUCCAAGUAAAUGGGCACAGCCAGCUGGUCUGACUCUGAAACAGGCUCAUUAGGGAGCAGAAUCCCCUGAUUUGCUCCAAGAGCGUAUGAAGAAGUGAAGCAGAAGAAUUGUGCAAAGGGUCCCCACAAUAAAGGCAACAUGGAGGGUAAGGAUCCUGGAAAGGCCCGGCAGUAACUUCUACGCCCUGUUUCACCUUGUCCAAAGUCCCAGUGGCUGCACAUCCUCCUUUAGAACAAAAUUGCAGCCCAGUCCUCAUAAAUAAAUUGCAGUUGAGUAUAUCAGUGGAGGUUUCACGCACGUAAGCAUGUACAGGGUCCCACAGGCCAUGUGUGCACCAUAUUGUACCUUUAAAGCACAUUCUAAAGCACAUUAUUUCCUCCAAAGAAUUCUGGGCACUGUGGUUCUUUAAAUGUUGCUGGGAAUUGCAACUCGGUGACGGGUAAGCUGCUUGUGCCUCCCCGAAUAUGAAUUCCCCUUGUUGAAAAUGGUAGUUUCCAAACUCCCAAGGCAACGUCCUUUCCCUCUUCCCAGCCCUCUUUGUCCAGUAGAGGUGAGCUCAUAAUAGGAGUCACCGGUCCAAAGAUUUUGUCAGGUGUAGCAGGCUGCAGUCCUAUACACAUGACCAAACAUUCUUGGGAGCAAGUCCUGUUGAAUUCAGGGGGAAUUUGUUCUGAAUAGACCCCUAUAGAAUUGCACCGUUAACAUACUAGAGCAAGGAAAACAAAGGCAGUGUGUACACAUUACCGUUUAUUCUGGUUCCAGCACAGUCCCAUAGUGGCGGACACAUGACAUCUGCCAUAGUCCAUAUCUAUCUUCUAGUUCUUUGAGAAAUGCUGCUGUUUGGGGCGUUUCCCCUCAAACCAGCUUCUGUCUGAUUUGAAAACGUAAGUCUUGUGCACUUCACAGCUAACAUGAGGUGUGGACAUUUGAGGCAGCUGUUGCACAUGCACACAUGACAGCUUCGUUAAUAGGAGUUCAGGGGAGUUACACACAUGGGGAAAUGGAAUGGAACAUACAUCAGGUGAUGGCAUCCUUGUCUUCUCUGUGGUGUGUUCAGCCAAUGUGCAAGGAACACAGUUGGGGGGGAACCUCACUGUGUUGUAAGCCACUGGUGUAUACAUAGCCAAAGACCCUGUCUUGCAGCACCUUAAAGAUCAACACAUUUAUUGCACUGAAGUUCUGUGUCUUUAUUUAUUACAUUACAAGAUGACUCAUAAAAUAAAUUCCCUCUGCUGUAGCUUCUGCUAUAAAUAAAUACGUUAGUUUUUAUGGGGCCAUGUGGCUCUUUGUUCUUGUUCAAUAUAUACAGCACCCAUGCAUGGAAAGACUAAGGAUGGAUUUAUUUUCCCACAGCAAAGAGCAGUUCCCACCAAGCAGAAUAAAAAAAAUCCCACACGCGGUCAUUUCAGAACCAAUUAAAAUCGAAUCUGAUGUUACACGUUGGUGCCCCUGAAGAGGUACAACAGCAUCCCACAAAUAUCUCCUGUGAUAUGAGGUUCAUAACCAUUAUUUAUUGAUUAUCCCAAUCGAGGCAAGCCAAGUUCACGGUGCUGACAUGUGUUUUAUAUAUAGAUUAAAGUGUUCGGGCAGGGCUGGCUUAAGAAAAUGUCACCCUGAGCAAGGCUUCUGCCUAUCAGUAGCAUUUAUAUGCAGGUCGUCAUAAUGUUGGGGGGGGGGUGGGGGGAAUGGCCUUGGCUGUUUUACAGCUCCCAGUGCAGUAACUACAUGUUAUUAUUUCCUGUUUAUAUCUUCAGCCUUUUUCAUGGGCCACAAAGUUACAUUUAGAGGCUUCUGUUAAUCAAAUUUGUUUUCAAUGGUUUAAUUUGUUCAAAAUAAUUUUGAUGCAGUUCGGUAACUAUGUAGCAGUUUUUGUCAAUAUAUUGUGGUUGGGGUGGAAGGCCCAGUCCACAACAUGCAGUGUGCUGGGCCCAGAAAAGCUUGUUGCACCCAUAGCUCAGACUAAGCUGUGGCAGCAAGAGCCAAAUUUCCCCCUCCCCACUGAAACCUGGCCUAAAUGUUCAUCUUUACAUGGAAAUUAGUACUGCAAAUGCUAACAUGCCACACCGGGUCCUAAGUCUCUGUCUUUCUUUUGGAAAGGGCCCUAUAGCUCAGUGGCAGGACACAUGCUUUGCAUGCAGAAGUCCCAGAUGCAAUCCCUGGCAUCUCCUGGUAGGGCUGGGAAUGUCUCCAGGAUGAAACUUUGGAGAGUCACUGUCAAUCAGUAUAGACAAUACAGAACUAGAUGCAUCACUGAUCCAAUACAUUACAAGGCAGCUUCCAGUGUUUCUGUGUUCUUUCUGCCUCCUUGAAACUUGUGGAAAAGGGGAGUUAUUUGCACAACUUCGGUUGCAGGCCAAAUUUGUAAUGGCCUGCCAUUUGAAUUCAAUUAUUUCCUUGUCGCUUGUGUGCAGACAUUUGUUUUGGUGACUCCAGACACAACCACAGAGUUGAUUUCCGCCCAGCUAUUUCUGCAGCUCUAUUCAGGCGUUAUGACGUUCACUGUCUGGGAGGUGUUUCGCUUCCCAGUUUCACUCCCACCACAGACUUCCUAUAUUGAGCAGGGCAGGAAGGUCAGAAGGAGAAUUGUGAGCACAUUCAGCUGAAUACACUUACAAACAUUGGGAGCACUGUGGAGUCAGGUUUCCCAAACAAGAGGAAGCUGUGGCAUGCAGUCUGCGAUGGUCCAGAGAGCGAGGCCUGCUUGGCAGUGUGUAAAACCUGGGCAAAUCUGUAUGGGAAACAAGAGCCCCUUCAUGAAACUGACAAAAUGAUAUGCAGUCUGGAGAGUUUAUGCUACAACAAACCUGUUACAUUGCAGUCACUCGUUGUCAAAAUAUAAUAUAUAGAUAUAUCUGGCAGUAACACUCUCGCAGCACAAUCCUGUCUGUACUUUUUAUCUGGGGGGUCAGUCUUACUGAAUUAAGUGGCAUUUAUCUCUUGAGUAAAGAUUGGAUUAAGACUCAAGUCACACUUGCUUGAAUGUGAAGUCCUAUCAAACCUCUGAGUAAAUAUCCAUAGGACUGGGCUGCGUAAGGACUGCAAUCUCCUGUUAUCGUGCGACCCGCUCAGGGAGAAGAAUUGCUGUUACCUUUUGCAUGCGCACCUUCCAGUUGUAUUUCAAGUGUCAAGGUAGAAGGAACCCCCAUUCAAGCAUUCUCUCCCCUGCCCUCAGUUUGACAUUUCCACGUUUUGAAGAGGAGGUGCUUUGUUCUCCUGCAUGCCAAAUAACGCUUAAGUGUUCGAUUUGUUGCUGUUCCAGGUUCUCUCUUCUAAAACUCCCUUAAUGCUUCUUUCUAGCACAACACACGACUUUUUAUUUGGAGCCAUCGCUGAACUGAUUGACAAUUCCCGGUAAAUACUACUUUUAGGAACUAAAUUUUAUGCUGCUUACUGUACUUGGGGCUUGAGAGAGUGUGUCAUGCUAGGCUGUGGAAAUAGAUGUGUUUUGUUCUGUUCUACUUGGCGCAAGAAGGCAGCUGUCAGAUUUUAAAUCUUUCUCAAAUGUAGGAAAUGGCUUUGGAAUACUCCUUCCUUAUUCAGUGUUGUAUCCGAAAGCUUAUUUCUCCUGCCGCACAAGUCUUUUCUUUGGAUUUGGGCUUAUCCACAGAAUUGAACAACAUUAUCCUCUGUGGCCGGGAUGGCCAACUACUGUUGCUUCUAGAUGGGCUUAAAAUCACAGGGGAGGUCAUAACAAAUGUGUAAUUGGUAACAGGUGGUUCCUUUUAUCAGAGGGCACUUCCAGGUGACCUGUUUAUGUAGCUUUCUUCCUAAUUGGUUUGUGGGGAGGUUAGAUGACAUUGACUGAAGCACGUGUUAUUCCACACUGCCCAGUGCAUUUUCCACAUCAUUUGCCCAGUGCAAAAUUUCUGGAAUUUUUUUGGGGAAGAGAGUUUGUUGCACAAGAUGUCCCAAUCAACUGCAGUAGUGCAACUUGAACUUCCUAUUGUGUGAUUGAAUCCCACCCCAAAAUAGCAAUAGUCUGGAUAGCAUCCUGAUUUUCCUUGGAAAGAGUAAAUUUGGAUUAAAUACUUUUCUGACUUUUUGGUCGGAAGACGUUCUGUGGACACUGCAAAAAAAAAAAAAAGUGCAUGUAUGAACAACAUUGAUCCUGUGGGGAACACUCAUCUGGAAGCACUUCAGCCUGGGAAGCUGGAGUCUUAUUGGCCAAGGUGCUCACAGGGACAAGACUUCUGGAAUUGUGGCAUCAUUGCACUCCCUCCAAGCAGCUUUACCAGGAAGCUUAGUCCCCUAGCAGAUUGAGUCUUGAGCAUGGGUAGGCAAACUAAGGCCCAGGGGCCGGAUCCGGCCCAAUUGCCUUCUAAAUCCGGCCCACGGACGGUCCGGGAAUCAGUGUGCUUUUACAUGAGUAGAAUGUGUCCUUUAAAAUGCAUCUCUGGGUUAUUUGUGGGGCAUAGGAAUUCAUUUUUAUUUUUAUUUUCAAAAUAUAGUCUGGCCCCCCACAAGGUCUGAGGGACAGUGGACUGGCCCCCUGCUAAAAAAGUUUGUUGACCCCUGGUCUUGAGGCUUGGUUAAAGUAUUUGUUUCUUCCACCCUCUGAAAGUGGUUGGUUAUUUCAAAUCAAUUUGUGAAAUUCACCUUCUACUGCUUCCUCUCUGGGUUUGUUGCCUCCCUUGGGAUUUCAAGCCCAGACAAUCCUGUUAUUGGAUCACAGUUAGUAUCUUCUCACUGGUAGUCUGGGAUGGUAUAUUGAUAAUUUCAGGAUGACUUGCAUUCUACUGCUUUAACGCUUUCGUUUGGAUCAGCUUCAUAUUUUACAACUUCAUUCGAGACUGUUAGCUUUGCACAAUAUUCCUUCAGAAGUCUGAUGUAUAAAAAAAAUUAAGUUAUGUCCACUGAUUUAGUUAAAUUUAUUUAUAUUCCCUUUUUCCUACAUAGAUACUGCAUUGAAGUGAGUUGCUAUUGCAUUAUAUUUUUUUAUUUGAUUUUAUAUCUAUACUGUCUUUCCUCCCCAUUGAGAGCCCAAGGUGGCAUACAAUAUAAUUAAAACCACUGGUGCAGAAUAUGUACAGUAGCAUUCAAGUGAUUUCAUAUGAUUUAAGUAAGUGCAGUUUUGAUCAGAGUGUUUUUGUGUUUCCAGCUAGCAUAGACACUGUUCAGUAACAGUGAAUUUGCUUUACGAGCAUCUACUUGUGCUAAUGUUUUCAUUUAAAACCUUUUUAACAAUAUUUAAACAAUAUUUCCAGAGAUGCGGAUGCCACCAGACUUGACAUAUAUACAGGUAAGUUGUCUAAAUGGGGGUCCUGUUUCUGAAUGCUUUAGUUUGAUCACAUUAUCUGUUUUGUUGAGAAGAAAUUGCUUCAUAAGAUGGUGAGGAUAUAUUUAUUUAAACGCUGCUUUUCCAUGACAGGGACCCAGGGUGGGUUACAGAUAGAAAAAAGAAUGGCUGAAAACAUAGGGGGGAAACCCAGUUAUGUAAAAACAAUUAAACAUUGAUAGAAUACACAUAAAAAUCUAUUAAAACCAUUCAAAUAAUUACAAUAUAAACAGCAUAGCAUUAAAAUUUGCACAUUUGCUUCUGUGCCAAAAUGUACUAUUUGGCAGAUUCUACAUGUCUCUGACAUGAAUAUAAUUUUGACCUUUUGGCAUGAUUUUCCUGCUGAAAAAUAUAUGGGGGGGGGGAUCUCAAACAUUUUUGUCUUGUACGACAGUUAACCAGUUGACAUAGUUAAAGGCCUAGUAGCGCCCAUAUAACUCUGUAAAGGAAACCCCUUUAAAAGAAAUAAAUUGUGACUCUGGCCUAAUUCCAUACAUGCUAAUUAAUACGAAUCCUCCCAUGGCCAUUGGCUUCGCUAAUUGACAUCAUGGUCUGCUGUCCGUUAGCUCUAUCUGAGGAAGUCCUUUUGCAGCCUGAUCCCUUUGCAGCAAGUUAACUCGGAAAUUUAUCCUAGUUAGUUUAAUGGGACUCGCUGCUUAGUAACCAGGCGUGCCCAGGAUUACAAUUAUGCACUGCAAUCUUGAGGACACUAAAAGCAGUCUCUGUUCAGUUCGUUCGAAAUGCCUUCCGAAGAAAUCUACGGGAGAGCAGUCUGCUAAACUUGGUCCGUUUGUUUAGGGGCCUUGAAAUGACACCGCCAGCAGAUGCGCUGCUUGCAAACUUAGACCAAAAGGUGGGGGAGAUGUUUGUACUUUAAGAACAAAAGAAUAAUAUGCUGGAUCAGGCCAAUGGCUCAGCAUCCUGUUCUCAUGGUGGCCGACUUGUGGGAACUGGACUUGAGCUCAACAGCACUCUUCCUCUCCUGCAGUUUCCUCAGCUGAUAUUCAGAGGCACAAUCCCUCUGACAGGUGGAACAGCCAUCAUGGCUGGUAGUUGCUGAUGGCCUUGUCCUCUAAUCCUCUUUUAAAGCCAACAAAUAUCCUUUCGACUGAGAAGGUGAAGCAACGGUUGACCAACUUAGCGGGACUGGCAACGAAGUGUUGCAAUGAAGAAUGCCCCCUGUUCAAAGUUCCAGCCAGCUGGCCAUGCUCCCUUCCAAGGAAAUCAUACAAUUCUCCUCCCCACCCCCACUUUUUAACCACCUCUUCCCAUCAACAGUGACUAUUCCGUGCCCACGGAGGACUUUCGGUCCUCAUUGGGCAACAGUUUGUUUAUUUUCUUCCCAUUACGGGAAUUUUCUUUUUUGACCUAAUGGUUGUUUGUUCUUCUACAAACCUUCUUACCAAUGUAUGGUUUCCAAAUAUUUAUUAAGAGCUGUUUCCUUUCUUUCCAUACUUUGUUUUGCAGUGAAUAAUGAGGACCUGCAAGGAGGAUUUCUGCUGUGCCUUUUGGACAAUGGAUGUGGCAUGACUCCUCGUGAGUUAAUACUCCUGUAUUCGUUUAACUGAGUGGUAGAGUGCUAGGACAGUGUCAUUCUAGGGCUCAGGAGGCCCAUAUUCAAAGCCACACACAGCCACGAAACUCACUGGGCCACACGUACGCUCUUAGCCUACCUCACAGGAUUGUUGUGUAAAAUGUAAAUGCAAUAAACUCCAGUACUUGAACAAUAGAAUUGGAAGGGACCCCAAGGUUCAUCUGGUCCAACUCCCUGUGAUUCAUAUAUGAAGACCCAUACAUGUGAAGGAACUAAGCCAUGCAACUAACCUUGGUACCAGUUCUGUCCUCAAAUGUCCAGACAUUGGCAAUGGACCCGAUAUGUGCCAUAUCGGGUCUCCUGCUGGUGUUAUAUAUGCUGUUAUUGGGUCAGAAAUUCUUCAAAUAAGUUUAUAUUAGUUCCAAAGAACUGUUUUCAUUGGAGUAUUUGUGUACAGGACAGCUCAAGAGAAACUACUAGCACUGAGCCAGAAAUUUCUCCUGUGUUUUUUUCCCAACCGUUCUCCAUCAGUUAACUUGGAAAGAAAUUGCCUACAAAAAUUAUCCAAGCAGAGAAUUUUGGUGAAAUUCACAUGAGUGGAGUGCAGGUUUUUUGAUGCUUUCACCUUACUUCUAAGGUGGCUAGGGAGUUGUUUGUGAGUGCCCUUCCUUUCAUUUUUCAAUUCUCACCAGUGGCCUGCACUCUGUAGCCUUUCUGGGUGCUAGUGCUUUCAUCAAAGCCAAAGGGAAGGUAGACAUCAUGAGACAACUCCUCUUGUGGUGAGGAGGUUUCAGGUCAGGAAGCAUGGGCAGGGAGACUGCAGACCGCUGGAGAUCUGUUUACUGGAUGAGGAAGAAAACACCCAUCACCCUUAACCGCCUCACACUAAUAAGAUAAGCUCAACCACAGUUCUAAAGAAAUCAUCAAGUGCCUGGGAAAGAGGCAGGGAAAUGGAAUCCUCUUUUUCAAGUGAAGAAAGUCUUGGAGAAUCUGCAGGACAGAUUUUGGGACGAUCCUGAGGAUGCGUUCACAUGGGACUGGUUUGGCGCAUCUUAAAAUGGAACCAGUAGCCUCGUGCCAGAGCAUGUUUUUCAAAUGUAGAAGGUCACAGGUUCAGUCCUCAGCAUCACCAAGCAGGGUGGUGGAGGAGGCACUCAAAGUCUUUCUUAAAGCUUAGCGGCAAAGACACAAGGGUGGAAUGGAAGGCACUGAAUUGGUCUGGGCUGUUAAACUCGGAAACGCAAUCCUUAUCUCUUCCGCCCCAUGUUGUUUUCCCAAUCAUCCAGUUGGGAAAGCUUGUCAAAACAAACAUAUCUUUCCCCCCGGAAAGUACAGCUAGUGAGCACCUAUUGUAUCUUGACAUGGAGGCUGAUCCCGAACACAGAGGCCUGUUCUGAGUGGCCUUCUGAUACUUUGAGGAUGUCACCUAUGGGGACUAUAAGGGAUAAGGCAGUCCUGUUCCUGAGCUGUAUAGGGCCUUGUACAUUAGUACCGAAGCCUUGAACUUGGGCUGGGACCAGAUUGGCAGCCGGUGCAAACCUGCGAGCAAGUAGUCCCACAAGCAAUGCAAAAAAAACCCAUUCACCUCCCCUAAAUAACUGCUUGUCGUUUUAGCUUUUCAUAUCUGCUCCAGGUGGAGAUAGGUUUCCAAGUGGUGAAAGUCAAUAAGCUCAAUUCUCUUUUUGUUUGCCUGGUGGCUUCCUUUUGCCAGGAGUCAACUGUUUUCUCCCCCUCUGGUGUCGUUAAGUACAAACAGCUUAAUCAGUAAGAAGGGAUCAUGGCUGCUUGGAGCUGGUGCCAAGGAGAUAACACGACGUCUGCCUCCUGCAGCUUAGGUUAACCAGCGCCUGAAAUAGACUGUUCCCAGAACGUGCGUCUCAGGGGUUCUGAGAAUCCCCUCUGUGCCAAAUUAAUUCUUUGAAACUUGGCGUGCAAACUUCCAGCGCGAAAGGAAGAAGGGCGACUUUGUACCUGCAGUGGUGAGCAGCAGGUGGGGCUGGUUCGUUGCGUAAAAAGCCGCUUGAAGCAGCUGCAAACAAGGGUGGAGGUUGGUAUUUUUAGCUGUGUGAGGAUGAGGAGACGGUGGUUCUGUUUUCAGGCUUUGACAAACAGGUGCUCCAAGCUUGAGCUGAAAGUUUGAAAAUUUUCUUUCCCUUUGAUGGAUGUGACGUUGUGUGCUGGUGUCUCCUUAUUUAUGCAGGCAACACUGUUAACAGGACUGAAAAACAUCAGUCAUAUUAAUAAUAAUUUAUUAUUUAUACCUCGCCCAUCUGGCUGGGUUUCCCCAGCCAGAUGGGCAGCUUCCAACCAAAUAAUAAAAACAAUACAGCGUCAGACAUUAAAAACUUCCCUAAACUUCCCUAAACAGGGCCGCCUUCAGUUGUCUUUUAAAAGUAAAAUAGUUGUUUAUUGCCUUGACAUCUGCUGAGAAGGCGUUCCACAGGGCAGGCACCACUAUUGAGAAGGCCCUCUGCCUGGUUCCCUGUAACCUGGUUCGCUGGAGCUCAGUGUCCGGGCUGGAUGAUGGGGGUGGAGACACUCCUUCAGGUAUACAGGACUGAGGCAUCAGGAGGUUGUUUCUCUGUUCAUCUUAUUUCAUUUAUUAUUUUCAUUUACACCUUGCCUUUUCCCCUGAGAGGGACUCAAGGUAGCUUACAGCUAACACAGAAGCAGCUAAAAACAUAGGGGGAAAGCCAUCAUUAAGUGGUAGGCAAUUUUGUCUACUUUGGUUCCACCACAACCAGCAGCUUCUCCAUCAGUGCUGAGCUGGAUAAGCAUAUUGGAAAGGCAGAUACAGCAGUGACUUGCCUCUCCAGAAGGUAUGGGGAAAUGCAAUGCUAACAAGAUGAAGGUCUACCAGGCUUUUGUGUUGAGCAUGCUGCAUUAUGGAAAUGAGUCGUGGGCAACUUACAACCACCAGUGCCUUCCACAUGCUGUCAGGAAGUUUUUGGGUAUCACAUGGCAGGACAGGGUUUCAAAGAUGUGCUCUCCCUAGCCCACAUUCCCAGCAUGUUCGCACUCCUGUCUCAACAACGUCUACACUGGCCUAGUCAUGUCCACAGAAUGGAAGAUGGCAGGAUCUCCAACAUUUGUUCUCUUUAUCUGGCGGUAGGAGAAGGAAUAUUAGUGCUGUGUACACACCAUACGUUUAAAGCACAUUGUUGUUGUUUAGUUGUUUAGUCGUGUCCGACUCUUCGUGACCCCAUGGACCAGAGCACGCCAGGCACUUCUGUCAUCCACUGUCUCCCACAGUUUGGUCAAACUCAUGCUGGUAGCUUCGAGAACACCGUCCAACCAUCUCGUCCUCUGUCGUCCCCUUCUCCUUGUGCCCUCCAUCUUUCCCAGCAUCAGGGUCUUUUUUCCAGGGAGUCUUCUCUUCUCAUGAGGUGGCCAAAGUACUGGAGCCUCAGCUUCAAGAUCUGUCCUUCCAGUGAGCACUCAGGGCUGAUUUCCUUCAGAAUGGAGAGGUUUGAUCUUCUUGCAGUCCAUGGGACUCUCAAGAGUCUCCUCCAGCACCAUAAUUCAAAAGCAUCAAUUCUUCGGCGAUCAGCCUUCUCUAUGGUCCAGCUCUCAUUUCCAUACAUCACUACUGGGAAAACCAUAGCUUUAACUAUACGGAUCUUUGUUGGCAAAGUGAUGUCUCUGCUUUUUAAGAUGCUGUCUAGGUUUGUCAUUGCUUUUCUCCCAAGAUUUCUCCCAAGAUUCUUUGAGGGAAACUAUGUGCUUUUCUCCAAAAGCACAUAGCUUCCUCAAAGAAUCCAGGAAACUGUGAUUUACCCCCUACAGAACUACAUUUCCUAGCACCCUUAAACACUAUAGUUCCCAGUGUUUUUUGGCGGAAGGGAGGGGGAGUCCUUUGCUUUCAAUGUAUGGUGUGUACACAGUGCAAGAGUUUUCUUGUCGAAACACUGUGGAGCAUUUCACACAAAAGAUGCUUAAACUACUUCUGAAUUUCCCACUCUUAUUUAUCAGAUCACCACUGGUCUGCAGGUUAACAUUUUUUCAUCCUUCACCUGUACCACCCCAUCAUUCUGAAGCCUGAGAGAAACCACCACAGAGAGAGGGAGGCUAGCUGCCCUGUGGCAAAAAAAUGAAAUUCAACCAUAGAACAAAAAUCACAGAGGAUCAGCAGCAAAUCUCACAGCAAUCAUAGUCAGAUAGUGCACAUUUUAAAACCACAUCCGUCGGCAGGAAUAGGAGAAGCCACAUCCGUCAAGGCCCCCUCAGCUGAAACAGCUGUAUAUUAUAGAUCCAGGAACUAUCAGUCAAAUUUAUAACAGCUAUUUCCCACACUGCACGCCAUAGCAACCAUUUUCACAAGUUCAAAAGGGUAUAAAAUGUAUUCUUUACAUCCGUUGAGAAAGGGACCACGUUCUCCCAUCAAAUUGUUACUGUAAUGCAAACUAUUAGCAUUAUUCAAUUAAUAGCAUAGCAUAUUUGCACCUAAACCAGGCAGAGGGCCUUCUCGGUGGUAGCGCCCUCCCUGUGGAAUGCCCUCCCAUCGGAUGUCAAGGAGAUAAAGAACUGCAUGAUUUUUAGAAGAUGUCAGAAGGCAGCCCUGUAUCGGGAAGUUUUUAACAUUUGACAUUUGAUUAUGUUUUUAUAUUCUGCCAGAAGCCGCCCAGAGUGGCUGGGGAAACCCAGCCAAAUGGGUGGGGUAUAAAUAAUAAGAUUACUACUAGUAAUAAUAAAAAGCCAGGGCCUUUUCAACUCUGGCUCCGGCCUGGUGGAACGCUCUGCCUCAUGAGACCAGGGCCCUGCAGGAUCUGAUUUCUUUCCGCAGGGCCUGUAAGACAGAGUUGUUCCGCCUGGCCUUUGGCUUGGAGCCAAUUUGAUUCCCUCCCUCUCUUUCUUUUUUCUUUUCCUUCUCCUCCUGCGAUGAGGCUACAUUUUAAUAUUUUAAUGUUCUUUUUAAGUUGUAAUCAUUCAACUUGUUUUUAUUAUUGCUUGUAAGCCACUCUGAGCCCGGCCUUGGCUGGGGAGGGCGGGGUAUAAAUAAAUAAAAAUUAUGAUGAUGAUUAUUAUUACUACUGCUACUACAACUACUACUAAACCACAACACACAGUUCGGAUGUUACGUUUAUCCACUGACAGCUAUGCCAUCCCUCCUUCUCCAGCAAGCUUUCCCUUGGGAGGUGAAGGAAGCCGUGACUGACUAUUGCUAACAGCAGAGAUCUUGUGCUGGAGGUUUAGUUGUUCAGAGGUAUUCUUUGAACCCUAGAAUUGUAGAGUUGGAAGAGACCUUGAGGGCCAUUUAGCCCAACCCCCUGCAGUGCAGGCUUAGUAUUGACACAUACAUUUAUAAAAUACAUUGGUAGCGGUGAGCUAUAAGAAACAAAGCUAAGAGCAUUGAGGCGGCAGGUUGUGGUUUUGAAUCUCACCUCUGCAACCAGCUUGAUAGGCAGCCUUACGCAAGCUACAAUCUGUCAGCCUCAGCUCACAGUGUGCAAUUCCGGGGGCAAAAAUACCAAAAGCUUGUAAAGCAGGAGUGGUGGACCUGUAGCCAUCCAGAAGUUGCAGGAUGGCACCUCCUCCCAUUAUCCCUGAUGACAGGCCAUGCUGGCUUGGGCUGACGGGACUCCAAAAACACUUGAAGGUCCACAAGCUCCACAUUUCUGCUGUGGAGAAUAAAGCAAGCUAAUAAAUGUGACGGACUUUGAUCUGUAAAUAACAAUAACAGUGAAUUCUAGUGAGGGCCCUAGAGGGAAGCCUUAUUACAAAUCUGUUGCAGGAAAAACUGUGGAUCUUGUGCACUUCGGAAGAUCCUCUAAGCGGGACAGGCCUGACAUGAUUGGAUGCUAUGGCAACGGGCUUAAAUCGUAAGAGUUCUUUGUUCUUUGUUGGUUUUGUUUGUCAGACAGACACCCCUUUAAUGGCAAGAUUCAGAAUUGUUAACUUUGUGCUGAAUGAAAAACUGUUUCACGAUCGUGACCGUAAAGGUGAUUUGGCUUGCAUUAUAUAUUUAAGUAUUGGGAUCGAGGGAACCUGUUUAUUUGUUCUUACAGUCUUGCAUAUUGGUUUUCAUCAAAAAAAAUGGCUUGAUGUAAAGUGGUUUACAUCAAGGGAAACAUAUGCAUAAGAGUAGCAAAACAACCCCAACCCCAACCCCAGUAAUAAUACUACUAUGAUUGAAAUUGUAUCCCGUCUUUCCACCAGAUGGUGCUCAAGGUCAGCACUUUGCAUUGUAACCGGAAGCAGACUGGUUGCCAUUGUGUCUGCUGUAACAAAGGAGUCACAUGGUCCCAGUGACUGGCCCUCAUCAAUAAUUUGUCUGCCACAUUUACGUUUUAUUGCAGUGUUUCCUAGACUUGGGUGUCCAGCUGUUUUCAGACUAUAAUUCCCAUCAUCCCUGACCACUGGUCUUGCUAGCUAGGGAUGAUGGGAGUUGUAGUCCAAAAACAGCUGGAGACCCACGUUUGGGAAGCACUGUUUUAUUAGAUACCUUAAACGUAUUAGAAGGGAAUGGAUUGUCAAUGUAUUUCCUAGUCCUCCAUAGUGCAGACAGGAAGUAAAGAGAAACCUCAGGCUCGCUAGCUGAUGGGAAAUCCCUUUCUGCCUUCAGCACACCCACUUUGUCUAUAUUACUGCCUAUAUUGCCCUAAAGGUGUUAACAUCCAGACAAUGCAGCUAUUACAAAAAUUGUAUUUUCCUGUAUCUUUACUAUAGAGGAUCCAUGCGCAUAGGGAAAGACUUAAUAUUAUUCACCAAGGAAGAGAAUACAAUGACAUGCCUCCUUUUGUCUCAGACGUUUUGUGAAACAGAAGGUCUCAGUGAGGUAUGUCUGUCUUCUUCGUCAUUUAAAUAUUUGUAUCCUGCUCUGCCGAUGAUGUCAUCAGGACUGGAAUUUCUGGGGUGGGACUUCCUGGAAUGGAACAUCAUUAAUAAAACUCAAAAUGCUGCUGGUAUUUGAUACGGGGUGUGCUAUUCAUACUACAGUGGUGCCCCGCAAGACGAACGCCUCGCAAGACGGAAAACCCGCUAGACGAAAGGGUUUUCCGUUUUGAGGCGCUCCAUAAACAAUUUCCCUAUGGGCUUGCUUCGCAAGACGAAGCCCAUAGGAAAUCUCCGGGGACCUCUUUUAAAUGCUAGCGGUGGGAGCAAAGCCUUCCCCCCCCCCUCCGGCCUUCAGAAGAGGUCCAGGAAGGCUGGCGGGGGCCGAAAGGCUUUGCUCCCCACCGCCAGCAUUUUAAAAGCAGUCCGGGAUAGCAGGGAAGCGCUUCCCGCUAUCCCGGACGGCUUUGAAGGCAGGAGAGGUCCGCGAAGCCUGGGCGCGCUGAUCUCAGCGCGCGCAGGCUUCGGCAUGCCGGCAACUCUCCGCAAGCAGCGGCAGCGCUGCCGCUGCUCGCGGAGAGGUCCGCGAAGCCUGGGCGCGCUGAUCUCAGCGCGCGCAGGCUUCGGCAUGCCGGCAACUCUCCGCAAGCAGCGGCAGCGCUGCCGCUGCUCGCGGAGAGGUCCGCGAAGCCUGGGCGCGCUGAUCUCAGCGCGCGCAGGCUUCGGCAUGCCGGCAACUCUCCGCAAGCAGCGGCAGCGCUGCCGCUGCUCGCGGAGAGGUCCGCGAAGCCUGGGCGCGCUGAUCUCAGCGCGCGCAGGCUUCGGCAUGCCGGCAACUCUCCGCAAGCAGCGGCAGCGCUGCCGCUGCUCGCGGAGAGGUCCCGCGAGCCUGGGCGCGCUGAUCUCAGCGCGCGCAGGCUUCGGCAUGCCGGCAACUCUCCGCAAGCAGCGGCAGUGCUGCCGCUGCUUGCGGAGAGGUCCGCGAAGCCUUGGCUGGACAGCUUUUGAAGGCAGGUGGGGGGGGGACAAAGACUUUCGCCCCCCGCCAACCUUCAGAAGAGGUCCAGGACCUCUUCUGAAGGCUGGCGGGGGGCCAAAGUCUUUGUACCCCCAGCCAGCCUUCCCAGGGGCUUUUUAAAUUCCCCGGCAAGCGGCGAAGUCCUCCGCAGUCCCGGGGCACUUUUAAAUACCGCCCGCCAGCAUUUUAAGAUCGCCCGGACAGCGGAGAAGCCCUCCGCUGUCCCGGGGUUUUAAAAUGCUGGGGGUGGGAAGAAAGCCCUUGCCCCCCAGCCUUCAGAAGAGGUCCGGGGACAGACUGUCCCCGGACCUGGUCUGAAGUCGGUUUCCCUAGGAACGCAUUAAUUGAUUUUCAAUGCAUUCCUAUGGGAAACCGUGCAUCGCAAGACGAAAAACUCGCAAGAAGAAAAAACUUGCGGAACGAAUUAAUUUCGUCUUGCGAGGCACCACUGUACUAUCAGCACCAUCAUCUUUGGCACUGGGAGUUAGAAAAGGAAUCAAACAACACUGUCUCAAGUUACCUGUUCAGAUGUGAUAGGUGUGAGUGAAGGAGAAUAUCCCUGAUUUGGGUCCACUCUCAUUUUGUUUUCCUUUACAGGUUAUAGUCCCAAUUCUUUCAUGGUCAAGUCAUACAAGAGAGCCAAUAAUAGACAAUCCAGAGACGUUUGCUAUACAGUUGUCCAUAAUUUACAAAUAUUCACCUUUUAAGAAUAAUGCUGAACUGGUGAAGCAGUUUGAUGCCAUUUAUGGAAAAACAGGUGACUUUAUUAUCCCUGAAAGUUCUAAUUAACCAGUGCAUUAUAAUUAGCAUUUUGAGGACUAAACAUGAGUGCCAGGGGUUUUGUUUUAUGCUGGGUGCCCCCCUCCCCUGAAUAAUUUUGGAUCUUUGUUCAUCAGUUGGCUCCUCUCACAUGAAUGAGAUACAAAAAAAUUAUUCUCUACCACCUCCCCCCCCCCCAGUAAAGGCAGCGUUCUCUUGACUCCAUAAGAGCCCUACUAGACAAAAGAUCCAUCUCGUUCCACAUUUUGUUCCCUCAGUAGCUAAGCAGAUGACUACGAGAAUCUCACAAUCAGGACACGAGGGCAAUGGCUCUCUCCAGUUCUUCCCAAGCCACUGGCAUUCAGGGGCAUGCCGUCUCUGAUCUGAUGAUAGUACACAGCCACCAGGAGUAUUAGCCCUUGAUAGACUUGUCCGUUUGGAGAGUCCCCAAAACGAUUUAAUCCCACCUAGACUUAUGACAAAGUAUUGUUGCAUGCCACCCCAAUCCCUCAGUGCAAGAUUUCAGGGGGUUCCAGGCGCUUACCAGGGUUUGUGUUUCUUUUGGAAAUGAGGCACAGAAGAGACAUCUGUAACCCGAGAUACCACUGUAUAUACAACCUGAGCCUGUGAUGGAAGGGCUCACAGCAUCAGCACCCCAGGAGGGUCUUUCCAGCAGAAAUCAGGCAUGGCGCGCUCUCCCUUUCUCUCUGCCUUUCCAGUCUGUAGCUUUGCUUCUAUCUCACAUAACUCAACUCUCUUUUGUCUUUCUAAGUAACAGGCAGAUGAGGGAGAGGGGCCCAUCUCUUUGUCACUCCCUUUGUUACCUUAUACCGUGGGAUAAAUGUGCUUCAAGUUAAGUAUUUUCGGGUUGCACUCUGCAGCGACCCGGAAGUAACGGAGGGCGAUACUUUUGGGUUUUGCCGCGGUCAAAAUGACAUCCCGCGCAUGUGCGGAAGCGGCGAAACGCGACCCGCGCACUCACGGAUGCGGAUUGCGUUUGCUUCAGGAUGCAAACAGGGCUCUGGAACGGAUCCCGUUCGCAUCCCUAGGUACCACUGUACAGUGGUACCUCAGGUUACAUACGCUUCAGGUUACAGACUCCGCUAACACAGAAAUAGUGCUUCAGGUUAAGAAGUUUGCUUCAGGAUGAGAACAGAAAUUGUGCUCCGGCAGCACGGCAGCCGCAGGAGGCCCCAUUAGCUAAAGUGGUGCUUCAGGUUAAGAACAGUUUCAGGUUAAGAACGGAGCUCUGGAACGAAUUAAGUACUUAACCCGAGGUACCACUGUACUCCCAUAUUUAGCAGGCUAUUACCAGGCUGACUUGGCUAUUCUAGGCAUUAGAAAGGUCUCUGCCUACAACCUACUCCCCACCUCCCCAAACUCUUAACAGUAUAUUAAUUUGGGGAGAGCGGGGAGUCUAAUCUUGUUACUGGACCCCAGUUUGCUUAACUGCAAUUAUCCAUUGUACUGUUGCUUCUCUUCUACUUUAAUUGGCAUAAGAAUUAUAAAACUGAUAUUUCAGUAAUAGAUUUUAACCUUCACAUGUAGGAACCUUGCUGGUAAUAUACAAUCUGAAACUCACACUCAGUUUUGAGCCAGAACUUGAUAUCCUAACAGAUGAGGAGGAUAUGUUGCUUGCUGUGGCACCCGAGAAGUAAGUUCCAUGGUCAUUUUCUGAUUUUAUGUUAUACUUUAAUGCUGUGGACAUUUUGUGAGUAGCUUAGAGACUCUUUAUAGAGUAAGCAAACAAUACGUUGAAUGGACAAAGGGUAUGAAUAAAAAUAUAUAUUUGGAAGAUGCUGCUUGCAAACAAUCCAUUUUGCUUGGACACUAGAAAUCACAGAAUGUGCUUACAAUGUGUUGGUGAAUGGAAUUUAACACCUGCUUUAAUUUUGUAAGGGUGUACUUCGAAUCCCAAAUUCUUCCAUGUAUUCCCCAUGACAGACAAAUUCUAAUGGAUUAGGAGCAGAAAGAGAGAGAAUAGCAGUGCAAACCUAUCUCUGUGUAAAAGGUAAAGGUAAAGGGACCCCUGACCAUUAGGUCCAGUCGUGGCCGACUCUGGGGUUGUGGCGCUCAUCUCGCUUUAUUGGCCGAGGGAGCUGGCGUACAGCUUCCGGGUCGUGGCUAGCAUGACUAAGCCACUUCUGGCAAACCAGAGCAGUGCAUGGAAACGCUGUUUACCUUCCCGCUGGAGUAGUACCUAUUUAUCUACUUGCACUUUGACGUGCUUUCGAACUACUAGGUUGGCAGGAGCAGGGACCAAGCAACGGGAGCUCAGCCCGUUGCGGGGAUUCGAACCGCCGACCUUCUGAUAGGCAAACACGCGUCCCUCUGUGAGUAAAUCCCAUUGUGUUCAGUGGAGCUUACAGCCAGGAAAGUGUGCAUGGGAUUGCACCCUAAAAGAAGCUUCAAACAAUGGAUGUGAUUCAGCUCACUGUUUGUGUGCACAGAGAGGGGGUGUUGAUGCCUCUGUGCUUGCCAAGAAGGCCCAGUCAACUCGUGCCCCCUGGGUUCUCCAGUGGCUAGAUGUAGGGUGGCCAGUGUAACAUUCUGUUUGACUUGAUGCUCUCUCUCUCCCCGCCCACAUUCCUCAACCUGGUAUGCAUAUUAAGGGACCUCAAUCUUUAUUGUACAAGCAAUCCUUGAUUUACACAGGGGUUACAUUACGGAUCCCUGCAUGCACUCGCAGGGCUCAUGUAAAACAUUCUGUCCCGCCCCCAUUCCACCCUUUUAGUGACGUUUUCAGGUCAUUUCCGGGUUCUGCACCAUGCGCGUAAUCACUCAUCAGUUGGAUGUGCAUAAAUUGGUCAUUGCCUGUAUAACGCCUCCUAGGGAGCUGUGCUGGCGUGAAGAUAGCACAAAGACAUGGCUCUGUUUUUACCCAGGUGUAAGGUCAUGCUUCCUAUAGCAACACAGUGCAGGAUUCAACAUAUCCACAAAGAUCAUGUGCUAAUUCACAAUAGUAUUUGCUACAUUUUAAUUAUAUCCUGCUCUUCCUUGAGAAAUACUAAAGCAGCUGACAUGGGACUCCCGGCGAACCAAUGAGCAGACCUUUAUCUCUAGUUGGGUCUAUUUAACUCGGUAUUUAAAUUCUUCCCCGGAAGGUGGGUAGAAUCGCCAGCGUUAAAAGUUUUAGAAAGUUGGUUUAAUUUCUCGCUGAAGAAUUGUAUUGCACCUUGAAAGGCUUCAAGAGCACUUAAGUGAGAACAUGUUUUGGAUUUGUUUGUUUUUUGUUGAAGUGGAUUACGUGCCCAAUUUCCUCUAUCCACCAGAGUUCUCUCUUUGUGAGCCUAAAAUUAUUCUGCCUUAAACACUUUUCUGUGUCAGCCUUCCAGAACGACAGUCGCUGAGAGCCUACACAGCUAUAUUGUACUUAGACCCACGAAUGAAGAUAUUCAUUCAAGCCAAGGAAGUAAAAACCAAGCGUUUGCCACAUUGCUUUUACAGACCCAGGUGAGCCAGCUUUUCCUAAGACUGUUAUAAAGCCAGAUAUUUAAAUUUCCAAAGCAGUGUGCUUGAAAGCAUUAGCUGUUCUCUCUUUUUGGCCAUGGAGAGAAAUUGACUUUGAUGGCGGAGCAAUUUGUAAUCUAAGCCAAGUUCAAAUCACACUGGCAGGCUGGACUGCGGAAAAGGUAAUCAGCUGUGACCAAACACUUUGACCCAGAACAAAGAACACUUUACAUAAGAUAAUCACCGAACUGUGGGGAGGAGGGAGGUGUUGUUUGUUUUUCUGUGGAUGUUUUCACUUGAGUGAAAGUUGCUCAGGCAGUUCUGUAAAGGUGCCACUAAAUGAUUAUAGGCCACUUUUAGAGGUCCUUUUUUAAUGGACUCCUAAUCUUAUAAUGUGUAAUAUGCAUUUGAAGUACGGUUUAACAAGCUGAAUGAAUGUUCUGAUACAAGUUCCAGCAUUGAUAGGAUCUGAUCCAGUUCUAGCUGCGCUGAGUGAUAGAGGGCCUAUGAAGUGAGGAGGCAGGGAUCUUAAAUAUACAGUUUAACAGUACAGUGGAUGGAGCUUCAUAUUUGGCAAGUGUACUCAUUCAGUUUUCAGAUGACUGAGUCUUCUGUGAAUUGAAAGGACUUUGUGAUGACAAACACACAAGUGAAUACCACCCCAAAAAAAUUUAAAAAUAAAUUUACCAGAUAAAUUCUAACAGACGAACACCCGUCCUUGGGAUAAAAGGAAAUCCAAAUGAUGCCUCUGUCACCACGUAGAUCAUGGUUCUGAAUCCUAUAUUGGUUGUGGAUGGCACAACUGAUUUUUUUGAGCAUUUCAUGCACUUUUGAGGCCUGUGCAAAGUCAGUUUACUGUAGGGCACAAGGACUGUGCAUACCCUGUCCUCACCAUUCCCAUCUGCAAAAUGGAAAUAAUAGGAGUCAACUUCAUUGUGUUAUUAUAACAAUUUGCCUUUCAUAUGGCAUGUCAGAUAACUUUUAUCCAUGACUGUGUUUUUCUUGUCUUCACAGGAUGUAUCCAUACAUAUCAUCUUCGUUCAAACACGUUGCUAGAAAUGAACUGCAAAAGGCAGAAAUGGAUGUGAAAGCUGGUAGGCAUUGUCCCCUAACCUUUAUAGUUUUAAUACUAAGUGCUCUCUAAGCGGUUGCUAGCAUUGUUUGUAAAGGGAUGCUUUUGUGCAUCACUUCUAAUUUUGCUUCGCAGCAAAUAAUUACUGGCAUCUGUGGAGCAAAUCUAGUUAUGCAUCUCUUUCCCCUUGCGGGAUGACUUUUGCCGUUGCACUUGGGGGACCACCAGUUGAAUAGGUACAACAACGGGUUUAGUACACAAAGAAUGAUGUAGGUAUCACAUUUUGGAUAGCCGGGGGGGGGGGGGACGACUGGGUUGUAUCCAGUGCCCACAACAGGCUUCCAUUUUUGCAAUUAAACUCAUCCUCAAAAUCUGCUCCAGAAAACCAAAUACUGAUGGAAUUAAGCACUUCUGGGAUUUGUGUUCAGAGAACAGGGAGGAGAUAACUUGGACUACAGAAUGCUAAAGUAAGUGGAAUGGGGAAGGUGAAGGGAGCAUCAGAUGUCAAUCAGAUGUGGGAUUUCUGUCAUUUGGAAGAGGGUGGAGGAUAUCGGUGAUGACUGCCUGCCUGCAUUCAUCAUAGACUUUGAAUUUGUUUUCAUUGUUCCUCAGAUAAAGAGACUAUGGACUCAGCUAUACAGCUGCAAAUAAAACGCUUAAAGUGUGUUUUAAUGUGACACUAGAUGGCAAUGGUGCGGUUUAUGGAAAAUUCAACAUAUUUUUUUAAAAACCCUUUAAAAAAAGCAUUUUCAAAAUGUUUUUAUAUGUGUGUAGAUUCCACCUAUGUCCCUGGUUAAUCUUGGAUAAUCGUCAGUGAAGGUUUGAACAUCUACCUGGAACCUGCACCUUCACUUUUAACUGUUAAUAACUUGUUCGGCCUCCACUGUCGGAGGCAGCGUGCCUCUGAAUGGGAGGGGUUUUCUAGGUAGCCCAACCCUCACCCUUGGAAGCGUUGCAAAUUGCUGCAGGAGAGGGGCAAUGAGCAACAUCCCGGAAGGGGUGUUUCUAGGACGAAGGUGAAACUGUGAAGCUUCCUUGUUUAUUUUUGCUAUUGGAUGCUGCAUUUUGUUUAAGUACAGUGGUACCUCGGGUUACAUACGCUUCAGGUUACAUAUGCUUCAGGUUACAGACUCUGCUAACCCAGAAAAAGUGCUUCAGGUUAAGAACUUUGCUUCAGGAUGAGAACAGAAAUCGUGCUCCGGCGGCGCGGCAGCAGCAGGAGGCCCCAUUAGUUAAAGUGGUGCUUCAGGUUAAGAACAGUUUCAGUUUAAGAACGGACCUCCGCAACGAAUUAAGUACUUAACCCGAGGUACCACUGUAAUCAUGUUAUAUUUAUAGUAUUGAAAUGUGGCCUUUUUUGUAUUUUACUAUACUUGCUAAGUUAUGAAAUAGUUACUAUGUUAUGGUUUUGCAGUGUUGCUGUGAAAUUGCUUUUGUAGUGUUUGUUUGAAAUGCCUUCUGGUUUUCUUUCUGUUGAGCAUGAUUUUAUUUUUUUAUUUUGGCGGGAAAGCAGCGUACCAAUAAAAUGAAUGAAUGACUGCUAGUCGCUGGGAACCACAAGAGACGGGAGAGCGCUGUUGUGCUCAAGUCCUGUGUUUGGGUUUCCCAAUAAGCAUCUGGGUGACAACUUUGAGAACAGGACGCUGGGCUAGAUAGGCUACUGGCCUGAUCCUGCAUGUUCUUAGAACUGUGACACCACAGCAAGUGCCGAGUACAAAUAUCGCUGCAUGUUGAGGAAAAUUGGUAGAUAAUUCCCUCAUACUACUGGAAUGCAAAAGUGGCGGAUUUAAGAAUUGCCCUGAGUAAAGCUGCAUGGAGUUGCAUUUGAAAAAUAGUAAUGUCAUGAAAUGAAUGGGAAGAUUUAAAUUGCAAGUUUUGUACAGUCUCUGACACCUCUCCCCGCCCCCCUGCCCCACGCCACUUUUCACUUGGGCCUAGAUGCCUUCAGAAGUUGACCCCGUUCUACAGACAGAGUCAGCAAAUUUAUUAUGGCACAUAUGCUACUAAAGUUAAAUUUAUUACGGCGAUAUGCUAAUAAAGUUAACAAAUUUAUUAUGGCAUAUAUGCUUUUUGUCCAUUUAUUCAGAUGCAUGAAGCAUUAUCUAAAGAGUUUUAUGUACAGAUGGCUGGGGGGAUGAGAGGAGGGCAUUGUAAACAGGGAGGUCAGAAAGGAAAUAAAGUGCUCUUCCCCAAAUGUGCUUAGGUUAGAGGGGAAGGCAAGUGUGUGCUCACCUGAGCUUGUUUAAUGCCAAGGUGCCAAGCAGAGUUUUGCUUAAUGGCGUGUUGCAUUCUUCCUGUGUGUGGCAGAUGGGGUUAGUUUCUCUCCUGCGUGGUUUAACAGGUGCCUUUGCUUAUACUUAUAGCUGAAGAUGCUGUGAAAGAAGCCAAGUGCACGUUACAGCAGUCACAGGACUCCCUCUUCCAGGAUAAACUUGAGGUAUAGUAACAAGGAUAAAAAUGUUUGAGAUAUUUAGGGUGUGCUGUUAUUUCCUCCCCCGCCCACCCAAAGCACACAGUCUUACCUGGGAAAUCUCCAGGGGAAAUGAAUGAAAGCUGUGCAAGAACGUGAACACAACCACCUUUUAGGGGCAGACUUCGGUAACUAUGGCCAAAUCUAGGCUGGGAAAGUAUAUCUUCUGCCUCAGGGUUCCUGAGAAUUAGGGGUUGGAGCGAGAAAUGAAAGAAGCCGCAAAGGCUAGGCUCCUCGUAGUAAGAACCUGGCCAAUCCAGAGUGUUCAAGCUUCCUACCUGUCGUAGGGGCUGAUGUUGCAAAACCUUGUUCCUUUCUGGACCUGAAGAAGAGGGCUCUGAUACACAGUCCAUGAUGUUGCUUGAAGAUCCACCUUACCCUAUGUGUGCUACUUCAGUCUGCAGAAUGGGCACUUGGACAUGCACCACCCAAUGUUUGCACUUCUAAGGAAUCAAUCUCUUAGUGUUGCAGAGAUCUGCAUUCUGGAACUUCCAGCCUGUGGACAUCAGGCAGGCUCCUUCACUGUUCUGUUUUUGGUUGCUGCUAAAAAAAAACACCCCACAUUUUUGUUUUGGCAAACCUAACCAGAUAUGUAGAGUUGAUGCACAUUUUAAUAUGUACAUAUGUGUUAUAAUAGGGAUGUGGGUGGCGCUGUGGGUUAAACCACAGAGCCUAGGACUUGCUGAUCAGAAGGUCAGCGGUUCGAAUCCCUGUGACGGGGUUAGCUCCCAUUGCUCGGUCCCUGCUCCUGCCAACCUAGCAGUUCGAAAGCACGUCAAAGUGCAAGUAGAUAAAUAGGUACCACUCCGGCGGGAAGGUAAACGGCGUUUCCGUGUGCUGCUCUGGUUCGCCAGAAGCGGCUUAGUCAUGCUGGCCACAUGACCCAGAAGCUGUAUGCCAGCUCCCUUAGCCAAUAAAGCGAGAUGAGUGCCACAACCCCAGAGUCGGCCACGACUGGACCUAAUGGUCAGGGGUCCCUUUACCUUUACCUAUGUGUUAUAAUGAAUAUUUUUAACUGCUGGUUUUAUUUAUAUUUUGUGAAUAACCUUACAAAUGUUAAAUAAUUAAUUUUUAAGGUUAAUUUAUUCUUAACUCUGACUUUUACUGAUGCAUUUUAAUGCAUAAUUUAUUUCAUGUAAACCACUUCCAGGUUUUUAAAAUUAAACAGAAUCUCUAAUACCGAUCCACUGCAUUUCACUGGCCUUGAGUAGGGUGAUUUCCCAGUGAAUUGUGUCUAAAGUCCGUGCUUUAUUUCACAAGCCGCUUUUAUUGGCCCACAACUGCCAGUGUAGAGUGUCAACUUUUUCCACAUUUGGCUGUGUUACUUGGAUAGACUUAAAAGAUAAUUGCUCAGAAAUAUAGGCCAUGCACGGUGUUAAUGCUAGGCUUUUGAAAGUUUUGCCUAGCAUGACCUUUAAACAGUGGGGAAGAUUUUCCAAUCCUGUUAAUUGCCUAUUUACUAUUGCUGAGGACUCUUAAAGUCGUUAUUAAGCUGCAUUGGCUUCAGAUUCAAUUAUUUCCUAAAGAGUGUUUAGAAGGCACUUUCCACUUCAGAAGACUUUCAAUGUGAUAAUUAUGUAGACUAAUUGCACCUGCGCAAAUUAUCAUUUAUAUUCAUAGGAACGUUCACUAUUAUACUAAUCCCCAUUAUACUGAUUUACAAGCCUUCCACAACUAUCACUGUGAUUAAUGCUUUGAAUGCACCACCUAAAUAUUUGCAUGGUGUGAAAAGUGUGCUAGGUGCUGUACAUAAAUAAACGUGACACAGUCCAAGACAAGGCAAUUGAACUACUUACUUUUAAGUCCUAUUCAGAUAUCUGUUUCCACAAAGUCUCCAUAAUUUAACUACAGAACUCGUUCCCGCAGGAAGCAGUGGUAGGUGGCUUUAAAAGAGAAUUAGACAAAAUUCAUGAAGGAGAAGGCUAUUGAUUUCUACUAACCUUAUGACCCACCAGAGGUAUGCACCCGCCUUGCGAGAACCUGAGAGAAUGUUGUGGCACUUGACAGAAAAUAAGGUUGUCGAACCCCGAAGGAACGCGAUGGAGUUGUAAUCCAAGAGUUUCCAAUAAACAAGUAUAACACAAAAAAGAAUGCUUAUAUGUAGGAUAAAGUGUGGUGUCGAGGGUCAGACUAGGAUCUGGAAGUCCAGGAUUAAGCAAGGGGGGGAACCACGUCCACCCCCUUGAGUUCCUAUUCAAAAAGGGUGAGAUGUAAAUGAAACAGAUAAAUAACCUCUGGGAGGAUCCUAGAAUACAAUAUGUGCCCAGAGUAACUUAUUCUACUGCUCUUUCCUUUCUGGUGAUGGGGGUACUCAGCUCGCAUUAACGGACGCAAUGGAGAAUGAAAAGAAAAUGAGGGAAACAUUGAAAGACAAGCAGAGGCAAGUUAAAUGAGACUGUGGUUUACUUUUGGUGAAAUGGUCAUGCGAGAGAGGAAAGGGGAACGAGUGCAAAAGAAAAAGCCCUGCCUGCCUAAAAUGACCAACUGUAGUUGAAGCAUGGGCACCUGUGGGUGCUAUGUAUUCCUGGCAUUAUGUUUUCAGUUCUGUAGGCAUUGAAACAUUUCUGAGAGUUUACCCCCGUUGUUCAAACUUUACCUUGUAAAGAAAAAAGGACAGCCUCUUUCUAACACUGAAAGCCACUGUUCAAUAUGGCUACUAUGAAAAAUGGGGCUAACAGUCAGUGCUGAAUCACUUGGGAAAACGUUUUUCAGCAAACCAUGGUGUCAGGUGAAGGGUUUCCCUUUGCCCACGUGGUUUGAAAUCAAACCACACAGGCAAAGGGACGUGGCUUUGUAGGCGCUGGCGAUCAGGGAGUUGCAACUUUGCUUGCACCAGACCUGGUGUCACGUAUGAUGUCAGAUGUGUGGCUUGGACAAAACUGCUCUACGUGCCAGAUGGAGAGGCUUCCCAGGCCUCACUAGGCCCACAAGCUGGAGCAUCCUCACUGCUGUUGUAAAGAAACAGGAAAAACAAAGGACCCUUGUAUAUUUCAAGCAGGAUCACACCAUUUGAAGCAGCCAUGGCUUUCCCCAAAGACUGCUGAGAACUGUAGUUUGUUACAAUUGCUGAGAGUUGUUAGGAGGCCUCUGUUCCCUUCCCAGAGCUACCAUUCCCAGAGUUCUAUGGGCAGAUGGAUUGAUGUUAAAUGACUCCGAGAAUCUUAGCUCUGUGAGGGGAACAAUUCUCAGCACCCUUAACGAACUACAGGUCUCAGGAUUCGUUGCGGGAAGCCAUGACAGUUUAAAGUGGUAUGAUACUGCUUUAAAGGUAUAGUGCAGAUGGGGCCGUCGUCUCAGUAGUGUGGUUUGUAGUUCUAAUUGGAACACCAACCUAAUGCAAUUAAAACUUCUCCUGCAUUUGAGGAGAAUCAUUGUGGAGUCAUACAGUGAAACCUAUCCAUGCCUACUUCAGAAUAAUUAACCAUGAGUUCAGUGGUGCUUGCUGAAGGCUCAGUAGAAAUGUUGAAAAUUGCUCAUGAGCCAUACUUCUAAAACAUAGAAUGAAUAUCUGUUUAAUAAUGGUGCAUGGGUUAAACCUUUUUGCCACAGAGCAAAAUCAGAUUCUUUCCUAAUUUAUCACAUCAAAUUGGGUUAAAUCCAUAGUUAUGUGCGCAAUUUACUUGUGGAAGUCGGUAGCCUUCAAAAUGAAGUUAAGUGCAAUGGGAAAAUCUUUUAUAAAGUCUUGUUUGUUUUCUGUUUAGAAAUCUGAAACAACCCAAAAAGCUCUUCUUAACAUUUGGAGUCAACAUUCUGAACAGAAGUCAAUAUGGCAUGCUUAUCUACAGCAAUAAACGCUUGAUCAAGAUGUUUGAGAAAGUUGGACCACAGAAGAAUAGAGGAUCUUAGUAAGUUUUCUUCCUUUUUCAAUGUUUUAGGGCCACCGUUCAGGGUUACUUGAAAAUGCAUUUCUGCUACAUGCCGGUGGGCUUGCUCCAAAGUUUUCCUUAAAGAUAGAAAUAUUCUCUGUGUCAUUUUGAGUAUUAUUUCAGAGGUUAAUGGGUGACUUUGGGAUAGUUACUCUCUCCCAGACCAGCCUCCUGCACAGGGCUGUUGCAAGGAUGAAAUCAAGGUGGAGAGAAAACUCUAUUCUCUGCUUUGAGUCCUUGGAGGGAAAGUGGUCCUGAGUUAAAUCCAUCAUUUGAAGUUGGUGUUAGCAUUGGGAGGAAAUCCUCCUCGUUGGUUGGCAGUGAUUUAUAGCAACUUUAAGACUGUGACGUGAAAGGGUUGUCACACAUUGCGUGAGAAACCGGUUGAAAAAAUAAUAUGAGCCUUCUGGAUUGGACGAAAUGGCCUGUCUAGUAAAAACAUCCUGUUCUCCCAGUUGGCCAACUAUGGGAAACUUGAAAGCAGGACCUGAGCAUCACAAAGGGGCAUACUGCCUCUGACACCUGAAGCAUAGCACAACCAAUGAGUGCGUAACUGACUCAUCCAGUCUGCUCUGCACAAAGACAGGACCACAGGUGUAAAUGCCCUGCUGAUCUCUCCGUACUGUGUCUGGAGCAGAGUCGUUUCCAGAUUUGUGGCUGCAUCCUGCCUCUUAAUUCUGCAGUGGUGCCAUCACAGCCAAAGGUGUAUUCUCUUUUUUUUUUUAUCUUGCCCUUUGAGCCAUCUCUCCUGAGAAAUCAUACAUAUAGUCCAAACACAAGAUGGGGAAAAGGAAGGCACCCCUUCCAAGGUGUCAGGCAAGCAUCUCUGGGCAGGAUACUGCACAGCUGAGGUGCCACCACGAAGAAGGACUUCUCCUCUGGAGCCACCACCCCAUUUCACUUGGCAGGGAUCCCUGAAGAAGAUACUAAAAUUCAGACAGGAAUGUGCAAACUACCUUGCAUGGUGGUUGUAUGGCUAACUGAGACUGGCAAAUAGUUUUACCUGCCCUGAACCUUUGUGAUUUGUUUAUUUAUUGCAUUUAUUUAUUUAUUGCAUUAUAUCCUGCAUGGUGUUCUUGGUAGUGUAGAUGGUUUCCUCCCCAACCCCGCCCCAUUUAAUCCUUCCAACAACCCUGUGACCCAGGUUAGGCUGAGAGGCAGUGACUGGCCCAAGGUCACCCUGUGAGCUUCAUAGCUGAGCAGGGAUUUGAACCUUAGUCUCUCAGGUCCUAGUCCAAAUUUCUAACCACUACACCACAUGGCAGUUUGGACUCACUAUAAAUCCAAAUUAAUUAUUCUAAAUCCUAAAUGUUAUAAGAUUUUACCAAUUGAACUUCAGCCACUGUAUAUUAUUUUUUUAAAAGCUCAGUUUGUGGUGAAGCUACAUCUAAAAUCAGGCCCUGCCCACUGUGUAAUCUAAAGUAUGUUUUUACUAUUGCAGUUUUGGUUCCGGAGCUGUAGGGAUCGUGGAUGUGCCGUGUGAAAUCAUGGAGCCAACGCACAACAAGCAGGCCUUUGCAAACACUAGGGAAUAUAACCGCUUGUUGAAGGCAAUGGAAAACUGUCUUGUUCAGUAUUGGAAAGACAUAGGAUUGAGUAAGUAGAGGGCCCCAUGUGCAAUGCCUUGCAGUAGUCUAAGCAGGAGGGUACCAAAGCGUACAACUAAGCAGCCCCAUGCUGUCUCCAUAAAAUCCAGCCCUAUAUGUGCUGCUCUGUUCACUGAAUAAUUCACAGCAUGGAGCCUCCACUUCAUGACAGACCCUCCUUAAUGGGGUGCGUGGUGACAGUUUUGAAAACAAGAGGGUCUUUGUGGUGAGCUCCUCUAAGCAAACAGCUUAGCGCAACAAAGUCAUCCCUGUCCAGUCUAAAUGGUCCCUGCACAUCUGAUUUGUCAUAUAGGGCAAAAGUUUUUAAUAAAUAAAUAGUGGCUCUUUUGACUCUUUAAAAGGUCUUUCAGGGGCUACCUGAACAGUAAUUGAGCUGUUAAUGUAUGAGUUUCAAGCAUUAGGAGCCUUUGGGCAGUUACAAUUCCAGCCUUAAAAGCACAUUAUGUGAACAACUGCCCUUAAUGUAUCAGAGUGGCUGAGUGACUAAGCUUGUGACUCAUCCUUACACCAGUUCAGCCCUUUCUCUGCACCAAGAUAUGCAAAAGUUUGUUCGACUCGUAGUAGAUAAUGGGAGCCAUUUAUUUGCUACGCGCUCUGAUUCCAUGCCAGCUGCUGCCAGUAAUGUAAUAAUGCUACAGAGUCAGAAGGCUUGGGGGUCCAUGGAAGCAUCACUCCAGGGCCAGAUAAGGGGUGGCCAUGGCAUGGUUCCUUCCAUGUGGUUUUCUUCUUCUUGUAUUUCUAAUAUAUUCUGCAUUUUACGGAGAAUGGCGUGGAAUGGAGCAAUGUCCCUCCUCUCAAAAUGUGAGAAUUAGAUACUAGGGUCAGUUCCAGGUUUUUGUGGGCUUUGAGUGACAAGAUGAUCUGUGGGUUCCACCCCCUUACUUUUCUAAGUACACCCCUGGCUUCAUGUUUCAUCCCAACCUCUUUUCAGCCCAUUCUUUCUCAGAUAAGCUGACUCAUUCCUUCAUUACCUUGCCCAAAGGUGCAUUUAAAAAAAAAGGAAGAACACACCAAGAGGAUACAAAAUGUGCAUCUACUAUGACUUUGAUUACAUGGUAGAGUCCAUGCAAAAAGGAAAAACGCAUGCAGCGAUCCUUGCAAAAUUUAUAUCAACACCCAUUUAGGUUUUAGGUUCACAAAAGCACACACCAAUUGUCUCAACGUGCAUAGGAAUCAGUUGAAAGGCUUGUCAUAGGGUAGCCAAAGCAGUGGUGAAGGACAGAAUGGUCAGUUUAUGCUUUAAAAUGGUCAACAGCUAGUCCUGGGUAGUUCAGAAUGUUAAGUAUUACAUUCAGAACAGACCAGGAGACGCAGGAAGUUCAAGAUCUAAUGGAGAGGAAUCCAGCCAUUUUAGGAUCCCGGUGGAGGGAUAACAAUUUUAAUAUAAUGGCAGGAGAACCAAAACGUCUUGGGGCCGGGCCUGGCUUGCGUACUGCUAAUGAGCCUCUCCAAACAGAAGAAACAAGGCAUGGCAGCAUGGGAACAAGGGGUGAAUAGAAAAGAGAUGGGAAACUGCAAGAUAUUUCUCACUAAUAAAAUCUGACAAGCAAUUGCUGUUCACCUAGCAGAGAGGCUAGAAGAACAGGCAAACACGUUUGUGCAUUCUUUUUGCAAAAUCAGAUCUGUGUGCAUAUGCAAAUGCUUUUGAUAACCUGCAUUUUGGAAUCUGAAUGCGGUUGCUCUGAUGCCCAUUUAAAAAUCUAGUUUUAAUCAUUAAUAUUUAUGUGAAUUCUGAAUGUUUUAAAUAAUGUACCAAAGCUGCUUCUUUUCCCCCCUUCCCCGUCUUUGACUUUGCCUUCCAAAUAGUUUGGAUACUUUUCCUUGCUUAACUACAAAAGAUCAGAUGCACUCUCUCCAGUAGCUGAGUGUCAAUAGCAAUUAUAGUCUCUCUCCCCCUCUCUGUGUGUGCUCUUGCUUUUAUAUAUAAGAAAAAUGCACAGGUAGUUGUGCAGCCUUAGGCAGGCAGCCAAAACAGGAGACGUGAAGCCUCUGGUAGAUGAAAUUCAGAUUAGCGGGUCACAAAGUGUGUAGGACUAUGAUAAAUGAAAGGCUAAUGCUAAUUGUGCCACUUGAAAUCAUGUCACUUUUUAAAUCAUUUUUAUUACUGGCGUGGAGAAGCAAUGCUCAUAAAGGUGGGGUGGAGAUAUUUACCUGUUUCCUCUUAAGGGAAUUAUGAUGAUAUUCAACCCUUCCCCCUCCUAUUCACACUGCAGAUAACUGCAGGAAAGAGAUCAGUUAGCAUCAGUUAGGACUCUCCUCCCACCCCACGCCUAACUGCAGUGUGUGUGUCUUUUCAUUGCAAACAUGGUAGAUGUAGGGUUAAUCCUUCCCAUGUCCUGUGUUCCCAGUGAAUAUUAACCCUAGGCCUGUCAUUAAUUAAAUAAAAAUAUACACCACGCUUGCAGUGUGAUUACUGUCUCGUUAAACCAGUGGUUGUCAACAAGGACUACAACUUCCAUUAGCCAGCGCAGUCAGUGGCGAAGGAUGAUGGGAGUUGUAGUCCCACAACAUAGGGAGGGGGGUUCCACAUUGGCUACUCCCGAGUUAAGCCCUAAGCUCCAGUCACAAAAUUCACCUGAACCUCGCUGUCUUUCAUAACCGUGUGCCAGGAAAGCUUGUUGAUCUUCCCUUCUUCUACAGGGCUUUCCCGCUACUGAGUCCCAUUCCUUUAGGUUAUACUUCUAUUCUUAGGGAAAGUGUCUCACUGUCUGGGGACCAGAGAUGGCUGAGCGCUGGCCAGCCAGCAGUUCUCUUCUGGAUGUAGCCAUCAAUGCUCUACAUUGAAGUAAAUAAGGCAGCCUUCUAUAGAGCAACAUCAGAGCAAUCUGGCCUGGCACUCGUGAUCAUCCAGCCUAUACCCAUGCUAUGUUGCAGUGCUUAUCAGUGUGUUGUCUCACUGCUGACAAUGAUAAUAAAAAAAAAAUCAUUCCAGUAGCGCCUUAGAGACCAACUAAGUUUGGUAUUGGUAUGAGCUUUCGUGUACAUGCACACUUCAACAGAACAUUGCAACGAUUUGUCUCCCGAGGUCAAAAAGAAGAAGCCUUGUUCUGGAGCGAUUUUGGGUAUCUGAGUAACAACUGGUCUGAUAAACCUUCAGAGAGCAUCCAGUACAAGAGAAGGCGGGCCGUGGAAAUCCCUGACAUUGUUCAGUGUGGUGAGUUUCUACAUUUGGACAAAUAGGAAGACAAGGUAGGGGGAAGGUAGAACUCAGCGGGGUGAAAAUGAGAGUUCUUUAUUCUUUGACUUCAAAUAUGUUCGCUCGAGCAUUCCUCUUCACAGAUGCCGUGCACUGCUGUGUUUUUCACUUUCUUCUUCUUUGAAAGGAUCCUCUUAUAAACAACUCCUUUGUUUCACUUUUUGCUGCCGUUAAAAGCACACUGUGGGGCAGCUAAUGUAACAGGUCUCCUUCAUGUUUUGUGAUAAAGGCUGCUGGCAUAUAACUUGAGUGGCUUUGUAGGCCUCUGUGUGGGAUAAAGAAAACUGCAGGCACGUUGCAAGCUUUUUGUUUCUGUGGUUUAAAAAAGAACACACACACACAUAAAUCUACACAUACACCUGUUUUUAAAUUUUUCUCUGCAUGAGGUUGUCGUUUUGGGGCGAGAUGUAGGAGAGAUGCACAAAUAAAAUAAGCUCAAAAAGACUAGGAUGGACUUUGGGAAAGGCGUGUUUUAGGACUUGCACUGAGGAUCUUGUGUGGGCUACCUGUUUGUCAAAGAAACAUUUCUUUCAAGAGAAAAUGCCAUUGCUCAAAUAGUUUUUAUCUCAUUUGUGACCAAAGUUGUCAGGGGGUUGAGAAUUAAAGAGCAAAAAUGCAGGCAAUCAACCACAGUACCAUAUUAAAUCAAUUGUGCCAUUACUGUUUGUAACCAUUAAUUUGGAUUUAAAUCUGUUAAUUUCAUUCAUUAGAUAUUUGCCUCAAAUGGAGACUCCUGUCAUAUGACACCACUAUAAAACACAGAGGGCAUCACGGCACCUGGAACUGCAGACAGAAUCCUAACCCUCUCGAAAAUAAGUAAGCUUUUACAUUUCGCUUGAACCUACAGUCUGCAGAUGUCAGCAGAGAUCUCUCUUUUCUCACUACAGUGGUACCUCGGGUUACAUACGCUUCAGGUUACAGACUCGGCUAAGCCAGAAAUAUUGCCUCAGGUUAAGAACUUUGCUUCAGGAUGAGAACAGAAAUCGGGCUCCGGCGGCGCAGCAGCAGCAGGAAGCCCCAUUAGCUAAAGCGGUGCUUCAGGUUAAGAACAGUUUCAGGUUAAGAACGGACCUCCGGAACAAAUUAAGUACUUAACCCGAGGUACCACUGUAUUCAUAGUAUGAGGCAAGCUUCAAAAUCAUCUUGCCCAACAAUCUCCUACAUGUAGGAAAUCCAGAACUACAUUUAUAUAUUUACACACACGUGCAAAAAUGCAUAACAUGAUAUGAAAAAAGACGUAGUGCUGGCAAGUAUUUUAUAUUUAUACCAACUUUAGCAUGUAUCUUGGAAAUAACUUUCUCCAAGACACCUCUAAGACACAUGUCCACUUCUGUUUAAUAAAAUACAACAUUGGAAAUGUAAUUCAAUUUAUCUUUUCUUAAAUGUAUAUCCCAACUUUUCGCCAAAGAACUCAAGGGGGCAGACAUACUUUCCCCCCAGUAGCUGCUCUCUCUGUUGAACCUGAGACCUCCUGUAUGCAAGGCAGAUGCUGGGCCACUGAGCUAUGUGCCCGUCCUUGCCGAUGCCAUUUAGAGAGACGGCGCAGGCGAGAGAGACGUCUUUCUAUUGAAUUGCUAAAAGUCAAUAUUACUUACUAGGUGUGGUGUACCAGAAUGUUUGCCCCGCGUCCCUUUGGGUACCUUCAACCCAACUCAGUCAAAGAAUGACAAACAAAAGCUUGUCGUAGAUGCCAUUCGGCAACGUAAAUGGAGGCUGGAAAAUCUGGAACAGGUGAGCUGCUUCCUGAGAUUUGUGCAAACGUCCAUACACAAGUAACUCUGCAAUGGCGUAUGUUGCGUGCACCAUUUUCAGCCCUGGAAGGGGGCAGAAUGGGGGCAGGGUGGGCUUACGGACACAGUUUGUCAGAACGCAACCCCCAUGCAAACAGGGAGUUGCCUGUGAUUAUAUAUGUUUCAAUGUGGAAUUGGAUAAUUGGAAUUUAAGUUUUCCCCUUUUUAUUGAGUUCACUUAGGGUUAGAUGAAAUUUCAAAUAGUCAAACGUAAAGAGACAUUGGGGGGGAUUCUAGGCACAAAAACUAAGAGAUGAUUAUGUGCCUGAGGUCCAAAAUUCUUCUAAUAAUUUUCUCCUCUCUCCCCCACCCCCUUUUACACUGGAAAUUAUAUAUAAUAUAAUAGUAGUAGCAGCAGCUGUGGAGCUCUUUUGAGUCUCUCUGUAUUCCCAGCCCCUGAAAAAGAAAAAAAGAAAAUUCUGAGAAAUAUUUCCAGAAAAGUAUUUUCUGCAGUCCCAAGUCUUAAGUUUGUUCAAAGGACACAGUUGCAUUUAUAUUAUAAGAUCAUUGCUUCUGUUUAUAAGAAUUAUGAAUAGAUUAAAAUGCCUGCUUGUAAAUUCCUCUGUUCUUACCUUACAGAAACUUCACUUGAUACAACCCCAUACAAUUGUCCAGCCUACAGCUGACAGCAAAACUCAUAAGGAUGUGAGUAACUUGGAUUGCAGUCCUAUGCUUGUGAAUAAGUAUCACUAAGAUCAGUGGAACUGCCUUCUGAAGAGACAUGGCUGUGAUUGGGCUGUAAACCAUUUAUUUUGGCAUGCUAUUGUUAUUAAGAAUUUGUGUAGCACUCAUUAGGUUAGAUCCAAUGGGUUGUUGUUUUUUCUGCACUCGGAGGUCUUCUUAUUCAAGAAACAUUCUUUUAUACCUAACCUACAAAGAAGGAGAGGGACACCCAACCUAAAGAUGUCCAGCUAUUUCAGCAAGAGCUGGAGCAAGCAGGAACAUGAGAAUUGCUAUGGGUCAGCCUUCCCCAACCUGGUGCUCUUGAAAUAUUUCAACUCAAUCAACCUCAGGAUACAGAGCAACCUCUGUACCAACGUGGUGGGUUCUAGUAUUUACACCAGCACAGUUCAGGUAUUCAGCCUCACACCACUAUAAUCACAUGGGGCAGGAGAGUCUCCGUGCAUUGGUGGCAUGUUUGUGGUGGGGCAGCCUCCUGAAUGCAUGUCAUCUGCCCAUGAGUUGCAACCCUGGCUGCCUGGACCCAGCCCCACAAUAUUGGAGAUGGCAUUGGGCCCAUCAAGAGGCCCAUGGCUCGAGGAAGACUGCUCACCUGGCAGUCAAAGGCCUUUUGCUUCCAGAGGUCAACUCAGGCCCUCCAGAUGCUGUGGGAAUACAAGUCCCACAAGAGGGAAGGUCUCAGCAAGAUUUUACAGCAAGCCUCUGGUGUAGCUGUAGGGAAGGUUGGAGACCUGUGCUGGGAAUGAGUAGCUUACAACAGCCUUGCAAUGCAGUUAAUCAUGUAGGCCAGCUGUUUGGAUUCCCAUUCAAAAAUCGGCAUACCUCUCAGACUGUGGAAAGGUCAAUUUACCCAAAUUGUCCCUUCAAAUGCAUGUGGAUGUUUCAUGGCCCAUUGACUUCCAUGCAGAUUGGUUCUACAAAUGUUCAAAAAUUAAAGAAAGAAAGAAAUGGACAUGAAAUAAGACCCAAGUAAGAGCAAAGAUUCCUGUCUUUGAUGCUUAUAUUUAUGCAUUUAACCCUUUCAGUCAUGGGCUUAGGUAACACCAGGGAUGCACUGCAACAAUUUGUUGUAGGGCCCCACUUCUAUUUCCUGGUUUCUGGUCUGUUAUGUGGCCUUUAGGGGAGAGAUGGAAGGAAAAAAGGAGGGAGAAAAAGACAGUAAUAUGUGUAUAUGUAUGCUCAUAUAUUCUUCACUCCAUCACUGUAUAUCUAGACUCUAAAGGUUCAUGAUCUGUUCUUCCAGCCUUGUAAAACAACAGGUACUCACCCAAUAUGAACUGCUAUGAAAGCGACUCAGCAAAAUAAUUUGGCAAAUAAUCUGAUCUUUAGGAUCAGUAACAUCAGUAGUCUUUAGAUUUGUCCUCAAUCAAGUAAUAGUUUCUAUUCUGUCAUGAAUCUAACCAAUGGAACAAUUCUAUCCAAGCUUGAAAAAGUGAUGCCAGUUUCUCUUUCAAAUGCCCAGAAGAUGCUGUGCGAGAGAAAAGCUUUUCAUAAAGAUCCACAUCCAGCCUGCAGACGUUUGAUUAAGAGUAGUACAAAUAAAAGACGCACACAGCACUCGAGCCAUCAAAAGGAGCCACCUGCAAAGCAAAUGACUUGCCCUCAAAGGAGACAGCAUCCUUGUCAGGAAGAAAAAUGUUCCCUUUCAGCGGAGGAGGAGGAGAAGGAUCAUGAUAUAUCAGAGGUACAGGCAUAUGGCAACAUGUGUUGAAAACAAUCAGUAGGCCUCACAAUAUUCGAUGUGCUUCAUAAUUCUUAUUCUCCCUUGAGUGAUUCAUUUCCCCCUAUUAAUUUGUUGCUUAAAUGAACAGGCACAUCCACAUGGGGUAAAAUUGGGCUGGGGUGUUGUUUUUUUUAAUGCAGUCAAGAGUCACAGAAAGAAUAGAACAGAAUAUAGAGAUUAGAGAACAGGUUUGCAACUUCAGAGAAAAGAGGAGGCAGGGCAUUGGGAGGGGGUUGUUUGGUAUUCUGAUCAAGCCAUUGGGCUAGUUGACACAUACACACAUUCAUGUCUAGAUUACUGUGACCUUCCAGUGGUCAGUUGUGUGUGUGAAUGGCCAUGACAUGUCAAACAGUGCCACGAGUCCUCUCCCAUCCUUCAUGUGCCAUGCUUUUCAGUGGCAUCAGUUCACACAUUCAGCUUCCAGUCAUCAGGUGUACAUUAAUCAGGUGUAGAGAAAUCAGGUGGUGCACCUGCAUGUGUGAACCAGCUCUUUUUCUUUUUACUAGCGCAUUCAGACUAUUUCCCAGAUAUUUGUGCAACAUUAUUAUUAUUAUUAUUGCUUAUCAUCAUUACAUUAAUGGGCAGGUAGCUUGAUUCUGUGUCAGAGGUCACAUUCCACUUGCAGCCAUCUAGCUACCGUGGCAAUAGACUCCGUCACAGUCAUUGUUAAUCAUGGCGCUCCAGCACUGUUUAAAUUAGUAAGCUAUCUUGGGAAAGGCGGGUUCUUUUAUUUAUGUAGCAAACACUUAUGUCGUUGUCGUUGAGCUAUAAUUAAUUGCCCUAAUUGUUCUCAUUCUAAUGCAGGUGUCACCUAUUGAAACACAAGAUGAAAAGCCAUGUAAUGAAAAGCUUGAGUUCAGCAAAACUGAAGCGGAUAGCAAGCAAGAAAUCAUUUGCGUAAGAGCCCAUUGGUUACUUCCUUGUGCAAAUCAGACUGGAUUCUGAGGUUUAGGCUACACGUGGAGGAAGUUGCAUGCUUUCAGAACCAGAUCUGCUCCAGUCAUGUACAGUGGUACCUCGGGUUAAGUACUUAAUUCGUUCUGAAGGUCCGUACUUAACCUGAAACUGUUCUUAACCUGAAGCACCACUUUAGCUAAUGGGGCCUCCUGCUGCUGCCAUGCCGCCGGAGCACAAUUUCUGUUCUCAUCCUGAAGCAAAGUUCUUAACCUGAAGCACUAUUUCUGGGUUCGCGGAGUCUGUAACCUGAAGCAUAUGUAACCUGAAGCGUAUGUAACCCGAGGUACCACUGUAUAAAGAGGAUAGAAUAGGUAUCCACACUGCUCAACCCUUCUUCUGCCAUGCCUUGCCUCUCACAGUCUGGUUCCAAUAUCGAAAGCUGGGUUAGCCUGAGAGAAAAGUGUUGGAGGGAGCAGGGGAAACUUUUGCUCUUUAUUGGGGCACACCUAGGGUUAAAGAAACAACUUGGUUACAUGCAGCUUGAGACAGGCUUACUUUGAAAUCCACAUUACCUACAUCUGUUAGGUGAUGGCUGCUUCUAAAACAUAUAUAUUGAACAGGUGGCAAGAGUGAAACAUUUCCUUUUAAAAUAAAAAAUAAAAAAAUGCCCUUGCCUGUUUUUCUGAUACUGACAACAAAAAGCAAUUUUUAUUGCAGAAAACGUAGCAUAGAUGGCGACUGAAUUACUUAAAAGUCCCUAAUACUCAGCUGGCUGCUUUGAGCACUCUAAGCCUCUCCUUUGAAAUACUCCUUGCUUUAAUUACUUGUGGCUCAUCUGCUCAGCUGUUUGGUUUGUCUAGAAAUAUGUACUGCUUCCUCUGACAAAGAAAAAAGCAGUCGACAAACUGUAUUAUGCAGGUAUAAUUAGCACACAUUUGAAAGAGUUCGCUAUCCUGAGUUAAUUAUGUUCCUGCCACUUAUUGUAAAUAGCAGGUGGUCGACCCAAAACAAAAAGAAUGUCAGCAAGUGAGAUUACACUUAACAUAUGUCAAGUCUUAUGUUUACAAUUACUUUGGGAUGCUGCGGUGCUGGCAAGUAGCAUAAUGAGAAACAUCAGAAAAUUAAGGCAAUGGCUUCCAGAAAACAAUGCAAAACAAACAUCUUUAAAUUACUUAAGAUUAUUUAUGCCAUUGAGGGCCCUAUAAAGGGCAGUAACAAAAGGUUGAAACCAAUUUUGCUGGGCUCCCCAAAGAGAGAACUUGAAAUGUAGAUACGAUGGAAAAUCUUUUGUUGACUUUUGUACAUGAUGUGACUCAGGAAAUAUUAUUUGAUAUUUAAUUGAAGAACUCUCCCUACAAGAAUAAUUAUUAAUCGAUCCAUAUCAAAUUAGGGGUGUAUGUAUAGGGGUGUUAGGGGAGGGGUAGUACCUCUGAUGGGGGACACGUUGUGCUCCCUCUGGGGUAGCUGGUCCACCUUUGGUCUCCACCAUGCAAUCAGCUCUCACCUGUGGCUCCCAGAAGCUGUCAUCAUGUGACAGAGGCCACAUGCCAGGAAAAGGCUUUGAUUGGUCGGCUAAACCCAGCAAGGGUAGCCAAUGGGUUUUAAGCCCUCAUUGAAUUAGGGACUUCCUCUGCAUGCGAAGACAGGCUCCAGUGGAUUGAGUGGACAAGACCCAUGGUGGGUCGAAUGGUCAAGAAAGUGGUUUCUGCACAUGCUGCAGAGGGAAAUAAGGAGAAGAUGGGGUUCAUUAACCUAGGAAGGUAGGAGAACUCUGAUCCUAAAUCUCUGCUGCCUUGCAGGAUAUCUUUGGAAGAAGAAAAGGCUAAGGGGUACACCCUAGUCAAGUCUGAAGUCCCCAAGAUGGUUGGAUGGCGCUUUGUACGUCUCCUUCCAACAACUCCUGCAGCCAAGCUGGUGCCAAACAUAUGCUCUGCUUUUCUUUGGAGCAUAUCAGUGAGGCUGAGAGGUGGGGUCUUGUCAUUUGGGCAGCUCAGGACCUCCAUACAGUCUUGUGUGUAUGGAGCUUUGCUCCUGGUCAAACUGCAGUUGCUUUAGCAACUGAUAUUGCAUCGCAGGAAAAGAUUCUGAAAGUUGCUGGGUGGGGUGCAGACAGAUGGAAGUUAGCUAGGAACAAUGUACUGAACACCACAACAAGAAUUAUUUUAAGCAGGUGGAAAUGUGCAGAAUAAUCUCUUUUCUUCUAAUUAUUGUGUUGGGCCGAUCUAGCAGCCUCUUCCUAUGUUCUUAUAGUCAGAUGCAAGUGAAGUUGUACAGCAGAGUCAGUAAGGUACUGGUUAAAAAGGAGACAGAGAUUACUACAAGUUUAGCUACCAAGUUGAAAUUAAAAUUCCAAUGGGGUUCCCAGUGCCAAAGAUCCAUGUAUUUCUAAAUAUUUUGAGAAAAGACCUCUUCAUAAUCAAAAUGUUACAUUGCAGAUUAUACUAUCUGACAGUGACACCGAAGUUACGCCAGAAGAUGAAGACGUUAUUUUCCUGUACAAAGGUAAAAGCAGUCAUAUUUUUGUCAGUGGGGUAUCUAUUUUCAUGUUUCUAAAAUACGUCAUAGCCAGUAUCUCCACUUACAUAAUGCUUUAAAGGUGAAUUAAAGACAGUGCUGUGCUUGAGGACUCAUAACCACAGAUGGUAAGGGAAUAGCAUCAUGGUUGCUGCCAUUGGUAUGUGGCCAAGGUCGGAAGAGGUAUUUGUGUUUGUGGUGCCAGGCACUGUGAAAAGAUCUUUGACGCAGGCUGAAAAUGUCACUGGUUUUGUGUCUGCACAGCCACCUAGAGAUUUCUGCACUACACCAGUGUUACACCAAUGUGCCUUUAUUGUUGGCAGUCAGUUGUUCAGAAUGCGCUUGCAAGGACUGCAAAAUUGUUUUACAUGACUUCUAGAAAAAUCCAAUCAUGUUUGUCAGACUUGACCUACAUGUUCAUUUCUAGCCGGAUUUGAAAUUACUGGAAACCCAACUCAUGAACCAACUCAUACUUGAAUGAACUCCAGCCCCAUUAACAUUUAGCCAAGCACAUUUCAGGAACCUCACUGCAACUUGCAUGGGGCUCCUGCAUCCAGACUUGCUCACUCAGUUAAAGCUAACUUGCGUGCUAUUUCUUCUGAUAUUUUUAAUUCACUUAGAAGAAAAACAGGAAGAGUGUGAUGAAAAGGGAGGCAGUGCAUUCAGCCCAAAUAAUUGUUUUGAUUUUGAGAAAAAAACUUUGCCACCAGCGAACUUGGAAAGGUAAGUGUACCAGGAUCCUCACUGGAUAAGGUUUUGAGUUCUAAUUUACUUACAGUGUAUACAUCACAAAAAAGGUAAAGGGUAAAGGGACCCCUGACCAUUAGGUCCAGUCGUGACCGACUCUGGGGUUGCGGCGCUCAUCUCGCUUUACUAGCCAAGGGAGCCGGCGUACAGCUUCUGGGUCAUGUAGCCAGCAUGACUAAGCCGCUUCUGGCGAAUCAGAGCAGCGCACGGAAACGCCAUUUACCUUCCCGCCGGAGCAGUACCUAUUUAUCUGCUUGCACUUUGACGUGCUUUCGAACUGCUAGGUUGGCAGGAGCAGGGACCGAGCAACAGGAGCUCACCCCGUCGCGGGGAUUCGAACCGCCGACCUUCUGAUCGGCAAGUCCUAGGCUCUGUGGUUUAACCCACAGCACCACCCUAUACAUCACAAUAGGGAAUAGAAAUAAUGUAAAUAUGGGCAGACAUGAAAAGAGCCAGGAUAGUUUAAGCCCUGCUGUAGAGACUUAGGACUCAGCUACACAGCUGCAAAUAAAACAUUUUAAGUGUGUUUUAAGUGCAAUAUGCAAUGUGACACUAGAUGGUCGAUGGUGAGCCUUAUAGAAAAUUCAAUGUAUUUUUAAAAAUGCUUUUUUAAAAAAGCAUUUUCAGAACGGUUUUUAUAUGCGUGUAGAUUCCACCUUAAACACUGUGAAUAGGGAGGGGUGGGAGCUGGAACAUGGUGGGUGCCAGAGAGCCCAGAAGUUCCCAGUUUUAAUCCUAUUGUCUUUGGGUAGGGUUGGGGAAAACUGCUGCCAGAAAUCUGGGAGAGAUACUGCCAAUGGUAGAUAGGCCAAUAGUUUGAGUAAUAAUAAUUUUAUUACAGUGGUACCUCAGGUUACAUAUGCUUAAGGUUACAGACUCCGCUAACCCAGAAACAGUACCUCAGGUUAAGAACUUUGCUUCAGGAUGAGAACAGAAAUCGUGCAGUGGCAGCGCAGUGGCAGCAGGAGGCCCCAUUAGCUAAAGUGGUGCUUCAGGUUAAGAACAGUUUCAGGUUAAGAACGGACCUCCGGAACAAAUUAAGUACUUAACCCGAGGUACCACUGUAUUUAGACCUUGCCCAUCUGGCUGGGUUGCCCCAGCCAGUCUUGAAAUAAGGCGGACAACAUUCCUGUUGGCUAGACUCAUCCAUCUAGCUAAGUAUUGUCUACUCUCAAUGGCAGCAUCUCUCCAUGUUCUCAACCAAACCUUUCUAAUCCUAUUUAACUGAGAUGGCAUGCCAGGAAUUCAGUAUGCAAAGCCUGUGUUCUACCCCACAGCUAUGGUUCUUUCCCUGUUUGGGAGGAGGGGUAUGGUCCUUGAACUGAUCUUUGUGGUAUGUCUGUUCAGUGACUCCAUGGAGACUUCAGAAGACGACAGCAAAGAGCAAGCUCUUGUUGCUGAGCAGGAGUCUAAUGAUGCAGUUUCGCACACAUGUGGGGAUCCCCAGAGCAUUUCUGAAAACAAAAUGGUAGAAACCUUGACAGCUCGCAUCAAGUAAGUAUUCCUAAAGGUACAGUCUUGCAGCCAAAUGUGAUGUCCUUGUAUCCUAACAAGGACCUUUUUGAGGCCUAAUUUCAUGCUAAAUAUGAAUCAAGAAGGCAACUGAGUGAUGGGCCUAUUGGACUGUGAAAUACUUAAUGAAUAUACACUACUGUGUGGAAUUGACAUUGAAAUGGUCCUCCAGGGACCAGUUUAAGGCAUAGAUUAUAUGGUCAACAAGAACUACAGCUUGUAUGGAUUCUUAAAAAUAUUUUUAAUAACUCUGUUAAGGCUUUCAACGUUAUUAUUUUUUGCAGACAAGUAAUUCCAUCAAGAUCCUUACUUUAAAAAAAAAUACUCAGUUGAUAAUAAUCUAGCAUUAUGGCUAGAUAAACAAUGAACCCAAUUUUUGAAAGUGUGCAUUUGCACUCAAGACCAAAUUACGCAUUAUAUGAAAUACUCUCAGAAAUGUGGUUAGGUCCUCUUUUUUAGCAAAGCACAGCUAUGUUGGGGAGGGGGUAGUCAAGAUCAUGGAACAAUUGCAGUUUUGCUGCUUUUCCGUGCAUCAUUUUCUAUCCAAACACCUCAUUUCAGGAACAAAGGGCAGCUUCUGCUACGCUUGGUGAGAAAACAGUAUGGGAGGAAAGUGUUAAAAAUUCCCCACGCAUUGGAGUCAGCCUUUUUAACCUAUGAUGGAAGGAUCUGUUUUGGUAUGUUGCAAUUGUUGUCUUUUCCAGAGAGAUCCUGCUAUAUUUUUUACCCAAAUGCAAUCUUACAAGAGAACAUCUUUCUUCUAUGACCCCUGAAGACAUUUUAUCUAUGUUCAAGGUGAGUGGACAUUUGAAUUAUAUAAAAAUUGUGGGAAUGUGCUGGAACUAUUUGUACUUAGUCUAACGAGAACAAGGGCGCUUAACCGCUCAGAUUUCAGGUAUGCAGUGCAGGUUGUUCCGAGUAUGUUGUUUAGGGGCUAUAAUGUUGGAGUUGCUCUCUCAUUUGUUCAGCUUCAGGACACUUGCUCCGAUUUUGCAUUUUCUUCGGCAUUUGGAACUACUUCUGUUUCUUAAUUCCAACUUGGAAAACAAGAUAUGAUGUUGAUAAGAAGAUGAAGGAGCCAAGUGGGGGCAAGCCAACACUGUUGGGCUCCCACACCCACCCACUUUCCACGCAGAGCAUCCAGUGCUCCUGCCCCAGUCAAUCAUUUCCUGAUGGGGCAGUGUGGGAAAGAGCACUGGAUGUCUCAAGCUGGAUGAAAUUCUGCUGUGGGGCACAGGUCCCGCGCUACUGCUUUGCAUCUUACCGCACAAAAUUUUCACCCUUAUUGCCAUUUUCUAAGUCUAGGCAUUUUGUUUCCUUUAUGCCAAUAGCUGAAGAGAGAUUCUGAGCGGAAUAAGGCUGUGCCUGUGGACAUAAUUCAGGUAAAAGCUAUUUAAUACGACCAAUUCACAUUCUCUGAAAUGAUUUUCUAUUGGAUCAGUCAUAGGCAUGUGAGAUUUAUGAAGAGAAAUGCAACGCAUGGGAGGCUGGCAUCUUCAAUGAACGUCUAAAAAGAACAGUCUUUGUUGCAUACAAUUAACAAACAAACAAAAACCCUUGCAGUUUAAUUUGUGUUAAGGGUUUUUUUCCUUGUUCACUCAAGCUCUAAAUUGCCAGGAAGUGAUAACUGCUGAGGGUUAUGCCCUUAACAGGUGUGUUAGUUAGGCAAUGUUGAUAUGGUAUGGACUCCUAUCCUGCGGUUAAUUCCAGUUUCACCACCAAUUUGGAUCUUGGUGGCUGAGGGGUGCACCUUUCUGUCUGUUCCCUGGAAUAGAUGCAUGGAGACGAUGCAACUGAAGCUACCAGUCCACAGUACAACUACCCUACUGGCAACCAUCUACAUAAAAUUAUUACCUGUGGUGUAAACAGAAAAAGGUCUCUUGCAAUCCUUUUGGAAUUGCCCCCUUUCCUCUUCCCACCAAACCUAUUCAGCACCAUCCUCCAUCUUUGGCCAUGUGCUUUCUUUAAAGACCAUAAAUAAUGUACCUCUAUGCUUGUAUAAGAGGGAUGUGGGUGGCGCUGUGGGUUAAACCACAGAGCCUAGGAGUUGCCAAUCGGAAGGUCGGUGGUUCGAAUCCCCGCAAUGGAGUGAGCUCCCAUUGCUCGGUUCCUGCUCCUGCCAACCUAGCAGUUCGAAAGCAUGUCAAAGUGCAAGUAGAUAAAUAGGUACCGCUCCGGCGGGAAGAUAAACGGCAUUUCCGUGUGCUGCUCUGGUUCGCCAGAAGCGGCUUAGUCAUGCUGGCCACAUGACCCAGAAGCUGUACGCCGACUCCCUUGGCCAAUAAAGUGAGAUGAGCGCCGCAACCCCAGAGUCGGCCACAACUGGACCUAAUGGUCAGGGGUCCCUUUACCUUUAUGCUUGUAUAAAGUGCCACUCAGCCACCACUAAGCAACUCCCCCUGCAUUUCCAUAUGCUUAUAAUUUCAAGAGCAGAGCUCUCAUCCCGAAGGGGAUGGCAGAGCUAUUGACAAAUGAAUGACUCUCUCACCGCCCUGGGCAGUAUUCUGAGACCGGAAUGGACGAUACAUUUACCACAUGGAUAUAUCUUGGGGCUUCAUUUUGAUUAGUUGGGUGAACAAAUUGUAUAUUAGAGUGUAAGAAGGGAAAUUGCACUAAAAUUUCAAGGGUAUCAAUAUUUGUUACAGUAUUUUUCGCAAUAUGAUGAACAACUUUUUGAAAAACUCCUGUCUAUAAAGCAGCAUGGGCUUCUAGCCAAACAUGCCGCCGACAAAAAGAUUAGUCUGUGCGGGAAGCAAAUAAAAGCAACAGAAGAACGAAUUAAGCAUCUGCAGGAGAAAGUAGCACAAUUGCUACUGAGAAUCCAUCCAGUAAGUGCUGACAGUUUAUUCCAGUGCUUGAUUUGAUUAACUGGUUUUGCUACAUUUGAGAAAAUAGGAUGCAUUCUAAUAUUUCUAACAUGGCCACAAUAUGGACAGAGAAAUGCUAUAGGUCACUUGUGGUGGUAGAAGAUUUACUGUCAGAGCCGCCAUUUCAUCCAUUAAGCGGUGUGUGCCAGUCACGAGAUUCAACUUGAAUCUAUAUCUGUAUCUUUGAAAAGCAGCCAUUCUUGCCACCUUGCCAGUUCAAUGCAUUGUUGGGGACCGAAUCAGAUCCGUUAAAAACAAAGCUCCCUCCCCCUUUCAUUCACUAUAACAGGGAAUCUAAAAAUGGCUACUCCCCCCCCUUCCUUCUCACAGAAAUUUGCAAGCAUAGCAGACCUUCCGGAGUGGAUUAAUGUUGCCAAUUGGUGGACAGACCCAUGUGAAAAACAAAUGUGGUUUUUAAUUGAUCCUCCGAGCCACUGCAAUUACAGUACCAUAGGAAAACGAUUCACCACAGCUAGAAGCUUGUCAAGAUGAAAGAGAUCUGCCCCCGUCCCAGCAGCACAUGGUGUGGCUGGGCUGUACCACAUGCCUGACGCACUGUCAGGAGCACCAGUUUAGCUCCAUUUGCGCCUUGCUGCUACUGCCCCCUCUCCCUAUCUCAGAGUGUUGCAGCAACUCAGCUGAACAGAGGUCACGCCCCCUCCAUUCUGUCCCCACCUCACCUCUUACUACCCUCUUGAGGUGUUUCCCCAAAAACUUGGUUUUAUUUCGGGGGGGGGGGGACAGCUGUGAAUUUUUUGGACAGGUGAUUCCAAUAGGCAAUUUCGUAACUCGGGGAGUCCAUGAUCCAACUUGAGAUGCCUUGUUAACUGAGCAGUCCAAUGCAGAAACCCCUUAUCCCUGUAAAUCGGGAUACACAGAGAAUGCACGUCCCCAGAAUCCAUAGCUUUGGCCUUUGACAGUUGAAGGAGGGGGAGAGAGAGAGAGAGAGACCAACCCUGUUAUUGUGGUUACAAUUUGUUUUAAACAGUUUCCAAUUUUGUAUUUUAAAAUGUUCUCACCAGUCCUGUUUUUCUAGCAAAAGUGGUGCUGGAACUCACCAUGAAUGCCUCCCUUGUCCUCUUAGAAUGGAAAGGGUGCCCACCUGAGAGGUGCCAGAACUGAGUUCAGUUGUGUUCCAGCUGAAUAAAAGCUGGAACCCAUCAUGGGACCUUAUGGCGAAGGGCAGGUGAUAAAAAUCAAAUUAACGCUAAUAAUAUCCAUAAUUUUCUUCCAGUCCUCCUCUAAUCAUUAGUGUUAGAAAUUCUCUUUAACACUAACUACUUAACUGAUUUCACCCUUUGUCCAUUUGUCUUGUUUAUAAUCAUUUUAUCUCCAUGAGAAGAUAAUCUUGUUGGAAAUGAGAUUAUGUGGUUAUAUUUACAGAAAUUUUAUAAAGCUGUGAUGCUGAGACCCAAACCGCAAGUUACACUAAAACACAAGUUCAUGGGGGCAUGUGAAAUGGUCAUUGACUGUAGCCCAGCAGCCCUGCCAGGGAAGAAACAAAGAUUUCUUAUCACUGGAGGGAUGACCAGGGAGAGGCCCUUUCCCCAGCUACCAUUUACUCCCUCCAAAUCAUCUCCCCCCCCCCAUAGCUUUUCCUCCCAGGCACCUUCCAAUUUGUCUUUUCCAUUACUUACAGUUGCCUGUAUUGUGUAGUUUGGGCCUAAGGAGCUGACUGACUGCUUAUUCUGGUUAGCUUUCCGUGGAGCCUAUUAAUGUUAUAAUAAUGUCUCUCUUUGCUGCAUUCUGUUUCAGCAUCUUCAAAUAGAUAACCAGGAAGACUUUGACAGCAUCCUAGAAAAGCUUCUGAAGGAAGACAGACGUGAGAGCAUUGGUCCCUGUGAAUAGUUAACACCACAAAAUUAAGCUGAACUUUCUUUGUUCCAUGAAGAAAUUGGGAAGGGUCUUAGCACUUGAUAACGUAUGGCCAAAAAUAUAAAUAGAUAGCAAACAAGCCACGCAGGACACAAUCUUCCUUGAAACCUUAAAUAUUACAGCAGAGCUUGUAGAGGAAAUGAUAUGGAUGGUGUCAUCCUAAGUAUGUUUUGUUCUUUGCCUACCAUAUUUUGGUGAUGUUGCAUCCAGGCCUACUUGCACUGCUGCUGUGCAGUUUCUCUUCAUUUCAGUGGAACACGCCACACAAAUGUGUGGACACGGUUCAGCCAAAUGGGUCCUUGUGAAUAUUAUGUGGGGGACACACACUCUGAAACAUUUGUUGUUGCUUUAAAAGUGAUUUCUGUUUGUUUGGAAAUAAUAACCUCACUAAACAUAAUAUGCUAACUUGUAUCAAUGUAAAUAGUGGGCAUUUUGGGGGUUUGUUCCCCCCUCCCAACAGGGAUUAAAGCUUUUCAUUUCAACGUAUUCAUGAUACAAAUCACCUUGCAUAAUAAAGGAAGAUAAUUUGCAGUUUG